CGGACGAUCGACGGUCUGACAAUAAUACAAUAACAAUACCAUCGUAAUAGUAGAAUAUAAUAUAAACCUAAUAUUGUAUCUCGCCGUAAGAUUUGUAUUAAGUGUUUUUUUUUUUUUUUUUAAUUUUUUUUUUUUAUUUUGCGAUCACUCGUAAACACGCGCGGUUACCGCCCGGACGACGCACAAAACGCACGCGACCCCGACGACGACCCGAGUACGGACAAAAUAUCGGGGGUUUUUUGUUUCUGUUUCUCUCUCUCUCUCUCUCUCUCUCUUUCUCUAUCUCUUUAGUUUUUCGCCGGUUAUUAUAAUACCGUUUAUACCGUAGAGGACAGUCGCACGUGCUCCGGGAAUACCGCGCAAACUGCACCUGUACACUGACUAGAAGACGCGCCGGCAUCGGUCACCUGCAGGUAAGUCUCCGUUUAAUAAUAUUAUUAUUUAAAACUUGACUCGGGCGACGAUAACCGAUUUUUCCGGACACGUCCUGUUAUUGAACGUUUUCGAUUUGUCCCACAGAACUGUAAAACGGACGGGAAAACUUCGGGGUGUCCACGAAUUUGAGAUUGCGAUUUUUGUCAUAUUUUUUCGUUUUUCGUCUUCUUACGUAUCUGUGUAAACGAAAAACGGAAUUGUUUUAGACGAUACUAUGAAUUAUUUUUUAUUAACGUACAUAAUUUUUCGAUAAAUUCAGCCAGCUUUUUAACGCACAUUUUUCAGGAAAAUUUACAUUAUUUCUCACAUAGACAACAUUUUCCUAUAGUUUUUGUUUUUGUUUUUUUUAUCAAACAAAACGGCAAUUUUGAUUUAUUAUUCAUAGGUGUACCGAACGUAAAUAAAAUUAUUUUUGUAGUAAAAACCGUCAUGUUAUCGGUACCUAUGUAUAUUGAACUAGACGGUUUCUUUCCACUUUUUCAAAUCGUAUAAGAUCCGUUAGGCGCACUUUUAGAGACGUCUUUUUUUAGGACGUUUUAUAUACUAGUUUGUUCGUACGGCUAUUCCCGAAACCAAAAUGGACCGCGAACACGUUGUUUUUCGCGACAUCUUAACGGUGUUAUAGUAUUUCAAAAAAACAUCAAUAUAUACUCACAGUAUUAUUUUACGAGUGUUCGCGAAAAUCGUGAUAUCGUGAAGUCGAUAAAUCGAUAAGUUGCGAUUAUGAUUUUUUUUUUUGAAGCGAUAAGAUUACGUGGCGCAAUGGUUUGUUUUCAUUAUAUGAAUGGAAAAGUCGUGUAAGCACAACUAUAAUACAGUGUAUUAUCUGUUUACGUGUGCGUUUUAUUGACCCGAAGUCUGUUUACACGAUCGUGUGCAGAGAGAACAUAUAUACGUAUACAUAUAGGUAUUCGACGAGAACGACGAUAAGUUUACGACACCAGGAAAUCUCGUCCGUCGUCGUCGUCAUUAGUCUUCGGCGGGGUCCUUUUUUUGUUUUUAAAUAUUCUCGUAAAUACCCAUAGAGAUGUGCGCGUCGAGUAUUAUUAUACCUAAACGGGUAUACCUAUGUACAAUAAUGGCGUCUAAUAGAUUUUAAUGACCGGCGAUGAAAGGAAAGGUAAAAAAAUUAAAUACCUAUGUAUUAUAUUGUUUACAACGACGAAUUACAUUAAUAAAUUCGUCUAUCUAUCUGCGAAAUGCGCUCCCUUAACGAUCCGUUGUUCUUAAAUGAUACAUUACAUAAUAAUAAUCUUACCAAAAUGUGUCAUUUGCUUAUAUAACACGUCCUAAUCUCAACACGCUGAAUCGGUUUUUAAUUGUAUACCGGCAAACUGAUUUUUUUUUAUUUUGUUUAACACGAAUAACAUUUCAAAAAGUACAAGGCAAUUAUUAAAAACUAACCUCUGGACCGUUAAGGUGGCUUAUUUAUCGGGGAAAAGGGAGAGCUUAGGGAUAAUUUGUCUCCACUUGCCUUUUAUUUAGUAUUUGUAUUUUUAUAAGACUACCUAUUUUUAAAUUCAAAUUUAUUUACUUAUUAAUCACUGAAAUCAGUCAUGUACCUACCUGUGUAUAGUUUUAAUGUAUUUCAAAAAUCUUGACGUAUACAAUUUCUUUUUUAAAACGAAACCUAUAUCCGAACCUCUUUAAAAUAUGAAGGAGAAUAUAUUAUCAACUAAUUAUAGCAAAUAAAUUAAUAAUAAUUACUUACCCAGGUAUAUAGAUUGAAUAGCGUACAUAAGAUACUCUCAAAAAAUAUAUAAAUUAAAAAUUAUUUUUUUCUAACCAGGGUACACAGUAUAAUAGUAUUAAAUUUCCGAAAACAAUACACUACAAGAAAGUUCACGGAAGUCGUUCACGGAAAUAUAAAAAAAAAUAAAAAAAAAACUCACAUAGUAAAACCGAUACAUUUCUCAUCGUUUCGCUCAGAAUCUAAACAUAUAUAGGUUAAAGUAAAAAAGUAAAAAAAAAUAAUACACAUUUUUUUUUUUGUAAUACCUACUACGUCUUUUUUCCAACUCGUUUCAAAAAUUAUAUACAAGUACUUAGGUACUUAUACUUUAUUAUUAUUAUUAUUGUACUAAUUUUUUUAUUUUUUUUUUCCAUAUACCUACCUAUACAUUAAACGUUUGCAAUUUACGAGCUUAGACGCUCGACAAAUCGACUAUACCUACUCAUAAAUUUGAUCGGAGAAAUUGCGGUGGAAAUAUUUAUUUUUUUUUUCGAAAAUACAAUUUUAUUACUUUUAUUAUCUGACUAUAGUACGCAAUAAUAUAUUCUUACCAGCGUAAUGCGGUUUCAGUUUACACUGUAGGGGCGGACUGGAGAGUAUUCAACACACCGUUCUAGAAAUAGAACCAAAAUUUCUGACCUUUUUUUUUUAUUUUAGUAUUUUGAAAAUAUUUCAGAAGGAUCCGGACCUCUAACUGAAGCCAGCUAACUGAACGCCUUUGAGUUUAGUCCGCCUUUGGUUUUAUAUGAACUAACAAUAUCUAUAUUAUUGGUCGUUACUAAUUUUGUUUUUUCAUAACAAUAUAUUACAUUAAUACUUACGGUUGAAAAACGCCCGGGCAUACAUAAUAUGCAGUCGCUUUAUCCUUAAAAAAUAUAAAGAAAAAAAAUAAUAAUAAUCUCCUCCGCUACACAUACCUAUGUACGCUUUCAUUUACAACGAUAAUAAUAUAAGCAGACAUCGGAGACCGAUUUUAAUUUUUUUGCGUUCCGUUUUGUAUUUUUGUAUUUUUUUUUAUCUGUCAAUUUGGAAAUGAAUCGUACCAUUUGGUUUUUUUUUCUCCCCUCCCCGCUUAAUAGUAUAUGUGCGCGGUACCUAUACAUAUAUAAUAAUAUAUAUUAUACGAUUCUCAAUUUGUUAUUUAUAUGAUGAUAUAUGUUUUAUUUUUCGUUCUUUCGCAUUAUAAUACAUUUUUACAGCGUGUCCAAAACGUCUAUUCAUAUUGAUUUUGUAUAAUAUUAUACGCGUACUGUCUAUAGUGUAGGUAGGUGUGUGUGUGCGUGUAUAUAUAUAGUGUGUGUCAUUCCACUCGUGGAGAUAAAUUGCAUUAAGGCGUCUUGUGUUUCAGGCCGAUAAUAAUAAUAUUCGUGAUCGUAUUGAUCCAAAUACCUGUUCCCGAGUAUAUACCGUAGAAGUGCGUGAGCGUUUUCGCCUACAAAAAAAAAAAAAGUUUUCAAGUACAUAUACUGGCAGAAUACGGAGCAGCGAUAUACCUAUAAUAUAUGCAUUAGAUAAAUAAAUCGUUUCGGCCGAACUCUCGUCGAUGAUCGCCGUGUGUAUUUGUUGCAUAUGUCUAAAAUUAUAAAUCUAUUUUUUCCCUCGACCCGACUGUGAUAAAAUGCAGUUUUCCGAUUUAUGUAUACAUAAUUAUACUUGUGCCGAGCAGAUUUUCAGAUCUUAUGAGGGGUACGGGGUAGCCACUGGCUACUGCAGCUUUAUAACGUCGACAAUGUCAAAAUCUGCAACGUUUAUCAAAAGGCUACCAUCGCACACUAAUUUCUUAAAUAUCAUAUGCUAUAUAUGAAAUUGCAGUCUUGAAAUCCUGUGACGAGUUCAAAAAUAACAAACUGCAAACCAUGCCGUUCAGUAUAAAUAAUUGUUUUCCAUCCGACAACCAGUCAAACUCUAUUUCCCUGCAUUAUGUACGCAUUAUAGCGGGAAAACUAUAUCAUAAAACUGAAAAAUAACAUUUUAAUGCACAUAUUUAAACCAACCUGCUUGAACAUCGAGACAACACGACUGUUAUACAAAUAUCAUAGUAUUUAUAAUGAGCGGAUUUUUAGUAUACUAAGCAUGUACCGAAGUAGAAAACUGACUCGUAAUAUUUUGUGAACGAGUAUUUUUUUUUUAUUAAACCCUAUGAAAUAUUUGAAAUCCGACGAGAAUUUUGUGCACGAUUCGCGUGAGAAAAAAGAGUGACACUGUUUCUAUAUUUGUUAGUUUUUAUUUUGAACUUUUUACGCAUAUUUCUGUAUAAAACUUAAAUACACUGUUCGUGUAUUCACAAAAUGAGUAGAAAUUUCAGGUAUUCAACUAUAUUUCAAAAAUAAUUCGAUAAAAAACGAGCAUCUUGACAGUUUAAUUUCUCCAUUUCAAAGCAAAUUAAAAACCAACUAAUAAAGGGUCUGAUUUAUCUGCUAAAAAAUACGUAGUAUAGGAAAUCAAUAUCGUUUAAAAAAAAAAAAAAAAAAAAAAAAAAAAAAAUGUUAAAUACUAUACCACGCGAUAUUUUUAAAUUUAAAGCAAGUCAAUAUUUGCAAUGCAUAUAAUAUGUAAAAAUAAAUACAUACUUGCAGGUAACACAUAUUUUUAAUGAUUAUACGUGUAUCGUAAAAGCAAAAAUAAUUGCAUAUUUCGCAGCGUAUUAUUAAUAAUUUAAACACAUACUUACCCAUUUUAAUGGUAUAUGAAUACGUUCCGUAGCAAUGAAUUAUAAUAUGAUAAUAAUACGUCUUGCGCUUAUAAUAAAUUAACGAUUGACACAGAAUUGUGGUAAAAUUGUGUCCGUCGCGGCGGACGUUUUUCUCGCCUGGCGAUAUUGCCGAAAAAAAAAAAAAAACACACGAGCCGGCGAAUCCUCGAAAUGAGAAACAAACAAACGCUGACGGACUAGACGAAAGUGCAAUUUUUUCUUAACAAUGAGGUUCUACUUUUUCGGGCCAGCUGCAUUUGCUCGCGCACGCGAAUGCGAAAGCGCUACCGCUACCGUUUUCGCCGUGCGCGGGAACCCCCGGCGUAUUUUACGGUACGCCCGUAGCAAUUUCCUUUUGCUCGACGGCGAUCGCCACGGAUAAUAUUUCACCGCCGCGGAAAGACGGGAAUCGCAAUUAAAAACGAUCGAACAAUGGGCAGUAAAUUAAUUCGAACAAGCGGUUUUUCGAAAUAAAAAAAAAAAAAAUAACAAUAAUAAUAAAAUCGGAACUCGGCCGCGCCGCGCUUCGACACGGUACCGUGAUCGCGGUAAUUGCAGUAGGCACGGUUGCGCGCAGGUGGCCAUAAUCUUUCGAUCGCCGGCGACGACGGCGCGCGCCCGCAAGUGUAAAGUUUUUACGCGUAUGAACGCGUACGUGUAUGCGGUCAUACGGCGAUGUUCGAAACAAUAAAUAAAACGUCGAUCGCGGCCGGCGUAAAACCGUCGCGCACGAUCGGGAGGGACGCGGGCGGCCGUAAGUGGCCGUCGCCGCCGCCGCCGCCGCGUUUUUCGCAUCUCCGGGACGUGUGUACCGUGCGACGUGUCCGCCCGAGAUUUCGAUCGUUUUUCCCGGCGACGGGCGCUGUUUUCGUUUCUUCCGCCUUUACGCGUCAUGCGCGCGCGGAAAGGUAAGGGGGGAAAAAAAAAAUCGCACGGGUGUCUCUACGAUAAUAUCGCGUACAGAGACGACGCCGCCGCACACACUGCAGCGCGUACGGUAAUGCGGUCAGAUCUAGGUUUUUUUUUUUUUUUUUCCUUUUAAAUCGCUCGAUUUUCGAGUGAAAGUAUAAUAAUAACAUAAUACGGAGUGCGUUCUGCCGCGGCUGCUUAUCCCGGCCGUAUCGCGUACGCGUACGUACGUACUACGCGCGCAUAUUGUCGUCGUUAUUAUCGUUAUUAUUAUUAUUAUUAUUAUUAUUGUAUUAACAUCGUGGCGUAUCUGCGGUACGCGCGCGCGCGUAUGUAUACAAUUGCGCGUCCGAACACCCGUGAAUAUAAUAAUAUCCAUUUACACUCUCUAAUUGCAUUAUAACUCGGACGGAUUUUUCCAUAACGCGCGCGCGUAUACCGAGAUGCCUGCGUGCAAUAUGCGCGCUCGCAUAAUAUGAUACACACAAAAAUAUGGAUCACUCGCGACGCGCAUUGUUUACUCCCGCGGUGCAGCGAUACAAUUUCACUUUUCGCCGAGCGUACACUCGUGCGCGAGUGUGCGCCGCCGCCCGCGCGCGCACAAUACCGCCGGGGCACCGCGAACCGGUCGCCCGCCCUUAACCGCCCGACGACGACGACGACGACCGUUAUCCGCGCAGCUUUCUACCCGCGCGCGGUUCACGCGACGACCGUUUUCUUUUUUUCCCAGACGAGUUUCCCGCCGUCUACAGUGCGGUUUUCGGAAAUUCAUCUUCUUCUUCUUCGGCCGCGGCUCCGGAACCCUCGGGGAUCGUCGCAAUACGCGGCCACGUCCAACGCACAAACCACUCCGGCUCUCCCUCCAACACGUUUCGAGGGUUUUUUUUCACUUCUCCCGCGUCGUCCUUAACCGCAUCAUGUCCUCCUCUCGAGAGCGCUCUUCUUUCCGCAGCUCUCGACAACGGUCCGUAUGCGCGCCGCGCGCGACCCGUCCGCUCGGUUUUCCGCGGGGCAACGUCUACCGCGAUAUUCGGACUCUGGUGCGUUUCCGCAAACUCUCCGUUCUUCCGAAUUCUCCCUGAAAGUUUUCAUAAACGUGUGCACAAUUACCGCGGAUUCUAUAGAGUCGCGUAUAAUCUUAUAUUGUUUUCCUCCUCUACUCCAUUUAUACAUCCCACGCAGGCAGUGUCAGCCAUAUAUACUCUCGCGGUUUUUCCACAUCUCCCCGUAUUGUAUCCGUCCUUUUUUCUCGAUAAUAACGUCAGUUCUUCUUCCGUACACCCGAUCACAAAAUAAAGCCUCAAAGGUUCAAAUAUUUCUUCACGAGCUGAUGUGUUGAAACAAAGUUGAAAAUAACCAUCGAUUUGUUACGCAAAAUCAUCACGUCGGGUAGAGAGAACCUUUAUUUUACUUCUUUCGUAGAUUUUCGCUUUUCUGUUACCGUGGGGGAAAAACCUUCUCAUCUCAUCUCAUCCUUGUUUUCCGGCUUCUACUGAUUGCUGCACACGAUUCGCCUGCUUCCUCGAAUUCUCGUUUUUCCUCGUAAAAUCUCAAUCUGUUCUCUGCUGCCCCUGUAUACUUGACCCGACGAGAACGGCAUGGAAGUCGGUUCAGAAACCGUACAACCGCACGCUUUUCCCGUUUCCCACGUUUAUACGGAUUGCGGACAAAUGGAUCAAUAUUAUUAUUUAUAGAAAACGCCAUAAAAAUACAUUUGGUUUGCGCGUGUGUACCGAAUUCCGCGGCGGCGGUGCGGUUCUAACCGCGUUUUUUCCCGGUCAUCUAGAACCCGCCGAACCGAUAUAUUUUAAUGUGUUGAAAGAAAUAUACUGCAUAUAUAGGUUUUGCUCGAAAACUGUUUUACAUCACGUCUCGUCAGCGAUUCCUGCAAACUCCCAAAUAAAAUAAGCGAAAAAAGGCAGUCCCUCAAAAAUGGUUAUCCCCCUUACAAAAUCAUUAGAAAAAAAAUCAGAAAAACUAGUAAGAAACGUUUUUCGAAAAACCAUCGAAACUUACGAAAAACGGUAAAUUAAAAAUUCAAAAUCGUUUUAGCGUGACGUAAAUGUUCGCGUAAAAAUAACUGCUAGUAGUGCCGAAAAAAAAAAACUCGACAAAUGACAAAAAACUCGUGUGCCGCGCCCGUCUAUCCGUGUUGCUUUUCUGUAAAACGUAACAAACACAAGAUACGAAUCAAAAUAAACGUACUUACGAUAGAUUAUCGCCACCGUCGAAUGCAAUGCGAUACGAUCCAAACAGGGGGCACGAGUGUAAGUAUGGUACGUAAUAAACAGCGCGUUUAGGUUAUUAUAUCACAAUAUGGUUUGGAAACGUAAUAUACGAUUGUUUACCUGGUUAAAACGAACGGGACGCGAUAGGAAUGUUCUAACCCGGUCUUAUCGACUGGUUUUUUUUUUUUUUCUAAAGAAUUCUACACCACACUCGUAUUUAUAGUAUAGGUACAUACACACACACACACACAACACUCACAACACAACACCUCGUAUUAUGCCCGUCGUGCCCGCCGCCUGCACAUGUAUUGCGAUGAGACGCCUAUAAAUAUCAGGUAAAUCAAUUAUGAAUUAACGUGAUCGACGAAUAUUUUUUUUACGAAAAUUGAUUUCAAAAUGUCAUUCCUCCAGUUCCUUAUUCAUACUGACGCGCGGUCUUUGCGCUUGUAUUGGCCACGGAAUUAAAUUAAUUAAAAUCACGUGCAUUAUUACUGCUUUAGAUAGCAGUCGUGCAUUAUUGUACGUUUACUGUUUCGGUAAUGUCGUGACGCACUGACGUGUAUAUUGCAGUGGAAUUUUUUUUUUUCAAACCUUAUUUACUGUACAAUAAUAUGGUAAUUGUUAUUAUUCGUUUAUCGAAAACCCGUUUGAAAAUCGCGACAAUCCUCGUUUGAUAACACGUAACGUUGUGUGCGUUUCGGACGGCACGCAUGUGUCGUGCAUACGAAAAUGUUCGUAUUCGUAUAAAGUAACGCGACGUCGUCGGAAAGUGUUUUUACACCUGAUAAAUAGUCUCCUGAGCGGCAAUUGAAACCGUAGCGAAUCAGUAAAACACAGGGCUCUCAAUUUGUCCACAAAAGUUCAGGAACAAAUCGUUCGGUUAUUGUUUAGCGUAGAUACGUUUAACGAAAAUAUUCAGCGUCGAUUAUGAAACAUAUUGGGUGUACGCGAAAAAUCGUUUGAAAACAAUUUCGAUUCAGAGUCGAGCUCUCAUUAAAUUUAAAUAAUUUUGAAAAUGAUUUUAUUUUCACGAAUUUCGUCGUUAUUAGAACUAUAAUCGCUUAAAAACAAAUUUCUUUUUAACGUUAGUUUUAUUUUCAUAAUAUAAUUAAACCAACCGAAUUAAAAACAAUCACCGCGACAUUGAAUCUCCGUUAUCUCAUUAUAUAGUAUUAUAAUAAUUUCAAUCAACGGAGAUUUAUACGGUUUGCGGUCGCGUUAUCGAGACGACGCCGGUAUCACGCGGACGACCGUCGUUAACGUCUGCACCGACGAGCGAUGAUGCGCAAACUCUGAAGAAGAAAAAAGCAACUCGUAAAACAAUAUGUGUGUUAGCCGAUAAUGGGAUAGGCGGCUAAAAAAAAGGAGAAAAAACAAAUUAUACGCGUCGUUACGAUUUAUAGUACGACUGCUGGGUUUUUUUUUGUUUUUUUUUUUUUUAAUUUUCAAUAUAGGUACCUUUCUGGAGCUAAUCAUCGCUCGUCUGUGCAGCGUCGGAGCGGUCACGCGAAUCUAAACUUUAUUUUUCGCGAUCUUACUGUACCUGGUCUCGGGGAGAGACGGAGACGACAGCAGAUUCUCGCAGAAUCACACGAAUAAUGUUACAGCAGUGAACAAUCAUAAUAUUAAAAUUACUGUUUUAUCCGUCGUAACGGGGCCCCGCGGAUUGCUUAUACAUACAUAUUAUAAUAGCUAGUGUACUGCCGCAGUAACCGAUUCGUAUCUGUAUAAUACUUUAUUUUUUUUUUUUUUUUUCGUUUUUCCCGAACCAAACGUGAUAGUUUGUUAACGUCGGCCGCAAUAUAAUACAAUAAAAAUAUAGAAUUUUAUACGCGAUAAUAUGCGCGUGCGUGCGCGCGGAAUCCACCGAGAAUACUUAAUAUAUACGGUAUAGGUGUAGGUAUUAUUAUUAUUAUUAUUAUUCGUAAUAAUGUAUUACGAUUUCCACGUGACGUCUCGUAUAUUAUUGUCGCGUAUAAAAUUAUUAUUAAAGUAUACACGGCGACACUGGGUGACACUCUCGCGGUCGCCGGGGUUGUUGACCACCGGCGAAUACUGAAUCGUACCUAUAACAUUAUUAUAUUAUACAGUCACAAAUUCACAAAUCACAAUACAAUAAUAUAUAAUAAUUGAAUAUAAUAUUCGAGUACGUACGUUAUGACGAACGUCGUUGUCGCGCGUCGAUAAAAGCGAAAUUUUCGUAAUAUAAAAUAACCGUUGUGCGGCCAACGGCUAUGAAAUAUAAUACUGUAGCUGGGUACCUAUACGACGCGCGUGUCGGGCGUCGAAUGAAACUCGUCCUGUUCUGACGAGGAAAACGUACGGAAAUAUUACUAAUGUUUAACGUGUACCCGGUGGAAAAAUGUCGCGAAAGACCUGUGGGCCCGCGGCAAAGGAUGCGCUAAUCGGAAAAAACGGACAGCUAUAUAAUACAGAUUACCAUUUUAAAAGUGGCGAUUUAAUUUGUACGGCUAUAUACGGCCGAUUACGGGCAGUGCUGAAACAUAACCCAGUAUACAGAAAAUACUUUUGUGAAAGCCGAGGGUGUGAUAAGAAGACGUGCUUCAGACGUACGACGUGGAUUUUGAGAAAAUGAUGAAAUAUAAUGGCGAGUCGAGUGUAGCGUUUAGACGGAAACCUCGAUGAAGAGCCGACAUAUAUGCGCAGGCCAGAGGAGUUAUUAUGCGAGUGUACGCGCGGAGAAGGCGCUUGACAUAAGGACAGUAAGAGUACCUAUAGAGCUGACCUGGCACUUGCAAAUAAAGGCCUAGAGAUCACUGCACUGUGAGUAUCUGCUGAGUAAUAUAGUGAGUAGGUUAGGUUAAGUACCGUCAACGAUAUACUAAUACCGCGCAAUUAUUGUUGUCGUAUACCGCAAGCGGCGGCGGCUUUGACCGAUUUUCGUGCGAUACUCGGGUUAUAGGUUAGGUUUGUGUAUUGUACUGAUAAUAGGGGAGACCGAGAGUAGAGAUUUGUCAACGGGUUUUUAUCUCCGCGCGAACAAACAACGACAAUUCACACGAGCGACCGCCGCCACUGCACGUUUUUUACGCUUUUUUAGAUUCCGAGCGGAGCGAAGAAUAACUAUUGUUUACACUACGGUUUUGUAGUUUUUACGUGUGAACACGAUCCCAAGACUUAUUGUUCCAAUCAAAAACUUCAUAGUUCAUCUUGAAGGGUUUUCAAAUUGAAUUGGCACAGGUACGCGACGAAGAGGUCGUUUCGUUAAAAUGCCUUGUACUUUUCUAAAUGCGUCAGAAAAACGGGAAUGUAACAAAAUUGAUUUUGUUUUUUCGCUGUUAUUCACUGAGAAACAAUACAGACCUGUAAUUUUCAACGAAUGAUGUUUUCUAAAUAUAUAAGUGAUAUAGUUUCCAAACUAUUUUGAGUAUUAUGUCGUAAUUUUAUUUUUUUUUUGUAAGCUUUUUCGAACGACAAUAUUUUAACGAAUAAUCUGAUAAACAACGUACAUUUUUAAUAUUUUUAUUAUACGGUAAUGUACCUGUAUAGUUAAAAAUUAAACUUGAAGGAUUUAAUUUAAAUUAACCAAAAAAAAUUUAAAUGGUAAUAGAUUGCCUUAUGGCCUAAAUAUUAUCUAAUUGCGCAAUCAAAAUUUGUUUUUUUAGUUUUCUCUCUCAUACCUCCGUACCGCCGUUUUUUUUUCCGGCGACCGCCUCUGUCACACCUCGUUUUUCGUUAUUUGCUCGCGGGUUUUUUUUUCCCUUCUCACCAAUGAUCCGACGACCACUGCGGAGUUGCGAAUAUUAUAGUAUUAUACAAAUCGCGUAUCAAAUAUAUACACGUAAGUAUAAUAUGACCGACUGUACUGUAUUGUACAGAUACGGGGAAAAAAAUGAGAGAAAAAAAUCAAUCGCUGCAGGCCGUUUCCCGUUAAACGUUCACAAUAUAUUAUUUUUCGUCAUUUCUCGAUAACGGUGAUGCUAAUAAUAUACCUAAUAAUAUUCCGAAAUAUAACUGAAAAAAAAAAACACUGCAGCGUUUUUUUUUUUUCGUUCGAAAGUCGUACGCUGCAGCAACAGUAUAGAUAAGUGUAUCUAUACGACAGUUUAAUCCAUUGCAAAUUGUCUUCAGAUGUUUUUUUUUUUUUUUUUAUAGACUUAUCCCGGUCGACCGUUAUCGGACCGCGCGCAUUACAGUAAUGUACUUAAUGAUGUACAAAACCGAAAAAAAUUCGAGUGAUUAACAUAAUCGUCGGGGUAUACGAACAAAAAAACAAAAAACCCAAAUUACCUAUACUUACGAAACUAUAAUAUUAUUCGUUUUCCGGUCCGAUUCUCGACCGAUAACCGUCUGCAUCUGUAUGGGCGCGUCCUUUAGGGGUGAUCGUCCUUCCUACCAUGGCCUUGAACCUUUGUAUGUUCUAUAUUUUACAAAAUAUCUAAUAAGUAUCUAUAAUUCUUUAGUAUACCUAUAUUAAUUUUGACCAAAAUAAUUUACUUCUCAUAUAUUUUAAUUUUUUGAUUUGCUAACACUGCAGUUAAGUAUGAUACGAAAAUAUUUGCACAAUGUUGCUCCUGUUAUCACAGCUGUACUUGUAAUCCAUAGAUAAUACAUACCCCCUUAAAUAUUCAUAUGAAAAUUUACAGAAUACAAAUUUCAGGGGGAAUUUAAAUGAUUUAAGAGGGGUAGCCAUAUUUUUCCUAAUCUCCAUCUAUUGAACUCUUUAAAAAAAAAGAUUUUAUUUUGCCUCUUAUGAAACUGACCUAAAGAUGCACCUACAUCUGUAGAUUUUAUGUGCCAUAUUGAAUUCACAUUCUCCGAAUAAAAUAUAUAAGUACAGAGCAAGACAUUCGUCAUCUCGGAAAACUUUUUCGAUUAUUUUUUGUCACCCUCAUGUUUUGGAGUUAAACCACUACUCACUUUUGAUUUUCAAGUAGCGUAGCGUUUGUGAUAGUAUUCCACUACUCUCCCCCUACCAAACCCAACAUCAAAUUUAUAAGUGUAAUACCUCGUCUACGAGUUGACGGUAUUUAAAAGCGUCAACAUGAGAUUGCAUUUAAACCAAAUAAUAUAAUGAGUAUCUUACGUUAUGUUGAUCACCCCGUAUAAGCAGGUACAAUACUUAUGCACCAAUAAUAGUAUUGUACGAAUACAAUUUUCGUCAACCGACGAGUUUUUUUUUCAAAACCUUCAAGUACCUACUUAUCCGUUAAAAAAACAAAACGGUUACCGCCGCAAUGGCGUUUUUUAUACGUCACGAUACAGAGGAUAACGCCAUCAUCACAUCUGCAGCGUGUAUAUAAAUAAAACGUGACGGACAAGAUGUAGACGAAGUAAACAUAAUAGUAGUUGACAGACGCAGUAUACUGCGGUAAAGUGCUGAAUUUUUUAAACGAAUGACCGAUUCCAAUUACAUAUAUUAUUGCAGCGAAUAGGUAUACGAAAUUUCCACCAAAUAUAUAGUAUAAUAAUUGACACUUCAAACGAGAUUUUCUAAUAUUAUUUUUUUUUUUUCGUUUUCAACGAUGUGUCGUCGUAGGAGGUUAAAGUUACGUUUGAAUAGAUUUUUACCGCUGCACACAAACAUUACACAUCACGUGUGUAACAAAUUCCGCAAAGAUUUACGAGAAAAUACACAAACGGUUUUUUACGGUUUUACGAUUCCCCCGCCACCCCCACGAAACUUUCAACAUAUUAUACCACAAUAACAAUAAUAAUAAUAUAACGAAAACGAAUUGGUUGACUUCGAUUCGAUUUCACAAACCGCGAUGUCACGUAGUACCUACGUAUAAUUUUACACGUUUUUUGGUCGAAAUUUUCAUUGUUAUAUUACCGCCGUACCAAACAAAACAAAUACAUAUUAUCUUUUCAUAUAUAUAUAUAUAGGUGAUUUGAAAAAUAUAAUUUUUGGAAACGUACGCGGAGAGUAUAUAAGUAAUAAAUAUCGGAGGUUAAAUUAGUUUAUUAAGUAAAAAUAUUAGAGUACAAAAUACUUUUGUAUGUGUAACUAAUCGUGGAUAAUUUUUAAAAAGGGACUUAUAACUAUCUAAACGUGAGUUAUUGUAUUGCAGACAUUUUGAACCUUAACUUAUAAUUACCCAAUUUACAUUUAAAUCUGACUUUAAUUUACUUCAGUUAAAAUAGUCAGACGUUAACUAACUUGCUCAGCUUUUUUUAAAUUGCUACCCACAAUUCGAUUUCCUUGGAACAGUUGAAACUCCCGUUCGGAUAAAUAGAAUAUUAGGUGCCGCGUUUAUGGAUAAUGGAUUUCACGUCUACGCGUGCCGUCGUCGGAGAUAAUUUUAAAAUCGCGUACCUAUGUCUAUAUUGGUUACUAUAUAGUGGUCAGGUUAUGAUGUUACCUAUCGGUCCGUAAAGCCGAGGCGCCGCUUAAGGUCGAGGGUCCUCGCAGAUAAGUGAUAAUAUAUUAUCACGAGUUUACACGACGAGAAACCGCGGUAGGACUCUACGUUGUUCGAUCUGUAAACGGAUUAAAAAUCCAAUUAUUAUACGUAAACUGUCGAUAGGUUUAUUUUUUUUAUGUUUGUUAUUCGUCAGUGAUAUUAUUUAUUAUACUAUAUUAUAAUAAUAUUAUGUUUAUCGGCCGCUGACGCCCCGAACACACGUGAGACCGGAAACCGCAACGAUGACCUAGUAUGAAAGGAAAAAAAAAUAACAAGAGACGAUGUUAUCGUCGGAGGCGGCCACUGUGCUGCGAGGUUGUAGGGGGUGGAUGAUCGCCAAACAGGAUCUUAAAAAUAUUAUUAAUAAUAUACUCUUUUCUACUUUUUUUUUUUUCAUUUUUUGCCCUCUAGAUUCUCGCGUUAUUAAUCGUCAUCGCUGCCCGAUCGGCACCUACACGCAUAAUAAUAAUAUAUUAUACCUAUGUCCAUACAUAAUUUUUAAAUACGCGCACUUUCAAAAACAUUAUAUACGAGCGCCGAUAAUAUUGUAAUAUUGUUAUUACGACGAGUAUAAUGUAGGUAUAAACCCGAUGGUCAGUCAACCGUCGCGAAACACUCCCAGUCACGUUUAUUCCGUCCUGCAGUCGUAUAGAUACAUAUAGACAUCGGGGUAUUUUAUUAAUAUAGACCCAUUCCCCGCACUAUAUUAUAAUCGUAUCUGUGUAUAAUGUAUAUAGUUGUUAUCGUAUAUUUUUUUUUUUUACGCCCGUUCCGUGCCGCAUAAAAAUAAACGUAUACUUAGGUAAGACAUUCGUCGCAUAUUUCGUCGUCGUCGGUCGAAAGCGGCAGUGGCGGCGGCGGUGGCGGCGUUUUCUCAAAAACUUGCGUAUUUCACCUCGGCUUUCUAUAUAUACCCACCACCCGGCCGCAGCACAAAAUUUCCCCUGCCACGAGUCGUGAAUCAUAAUUAUUAUUAGAGAGUGGUGUUUUAGAGUUUUUUAAUAACGUUCAAAUAAAACAUAUUACGAGCAAACAGUGGCGUGCCCGAGAAUUUUCAACGGCAAAGUAUGAUAAUAAUCAUGAAUUUCAUGGUAUCAUUUUUCUAACGCCCAAAAAUUCCAAUUUUUAUUUCAUUAACAUGAAUGAAACAUGCGCACAUUAAUAUUGAAGAUUAAAUCACUGAAUAUGUACGCAUAGAUGUAUUUCCAAGCCAACGGGAGGGGUGUAUAAAACCCCCAAACUCCCUCGCCCUGUGGUAUGAAAUAUGCUCGGAAAAUAUAUUUGAACCCGACGAUCAUAUAGGUAUUUUUUAAAUAUCCGAAAUGCGCUCGAAAUCAAUGGAAACAAUUUUUAAUUGUCUGACGAAUUUUUAAAUCUAUCAUAUUUAAAUAAUAGCGCCGACAUAGACUGCAAGUUUCUAGAGAAGUCAAAACCUCGUGAAACAGUAAAUGAUUCAAAUUUUCCGAAAACAAUUUGACGACGGUUCUUUAGCUCGCACAUUUCAUCUUCGAAAAUCUCCGAAACUAAAUUACACCGGUUUUCACGUAAAUUCAGGAUUCCAUAAUCCGAUAAAAAAAAAUAAAUACGUAUAUCUUAUCAAUACGACCGUAUUGCAGUGAGAGUUGUAUCUACCGGUUGUCAAUCAGUGCAAAAUUAGACGAUGGCUUAUCGAUUUGAUGGGCGAGAUCAUAAUUUUAUCACUUUCAAAUUUACGCGUGGUAAAAAUUACUGUCUCGUCGAUUUCCAAUAUGUUUGUACAUUUUCCAAAAUACUAGUGUAGAUAUGAGUUUUGAUACGAUAAGUGUUAUAAUAAAAAUUAAAAAAAACUAUGUUUUAUAUUUAUUUUCUAAAACCUCGGGAACUCGAGAAACCAUCACCUUAGCUAGUCGAUAAAUAUUCGCCGUUUCCGUUGGAUACUGAUCGGUCCAGUUACUUCAGCUAAGUAGGUAUAGGUAUGAUAUGUCCUAAUAAGAAUAACUAAAUCAUCUAUAGGAUGCGAAUUCAAAACUCUAUGAAUAAGGGAAAAUCUGUAGAGCAAUAUCAUUCGCUAACGAAAUACGAUUCUGAGGAGAGUUGUAUGAGCCGUAUUUUUCCUCUUGUUGCCGAGAUAACCGAGAAAUAAACAGAAGUUAUACAACAGAUUGCCCGUUUUUCCAAUCGAUUAAGAAAACUACAAAGAAAUUAAAAAAUGACCCUCUCAGCGCGCCAAUAACUAGAUCAUGAACGCAACAAAAGACUUAAAGUUUCUACGAAGUGUUUGAGUGGCACACGAUUUCUGAUGGAAAAAUUAAUGGCAGACACAAGAAAAAAAUAAACACUUCACAUAGUAAAACCAACAUCACAUUCGUCGUUUCGCUCAGCAUCUAAAAACAGUACAGGUUUAAGGUGUAAAAGUAUUAUAAAAACCUAAGUACGGUCUUUAAGUCGAUAGUAAGAAACGUCGUAAAAUCAUCCUUCCGCGUCGUCGUCGGAAACAAGGUUACCGUUGCAAUUAUUUCCAUCCAGAUAUUAUACCUAUGCGUGCCUAUAUGAACGCGUUUUACCUAUUAUAAUAACAUCCGGGAUAAUGAAUUUUUUCCUCCCGUUCGUAAUAUUUUAACGAUCGCGCGUAUUAUAAUUAUUAUUGUUACACGUUAUGUAUUAUUCACUUAACACAGUCAUAAUAUUUUUAUCCUCGAACUCUUGCCCGACGACGACGCUAAUACGGAAUGUUGUAAUCCGACUCCAUCCGACUAAUUGUUGGCCUAUCGACGUGAUUCACACGUGACACACGCCGCGGCCAAUAAUGGUCAUCGUCGCUAAAAAAAAAAAAAAGUACUCGGUCCGCGCCGAGAUAUUCAACUAAUAUUUCAUUUUUUUUUUUUUCACUUUAUAAGAAUCGAUGAUUCAUAUUAUUAUUAUUACUAUUAUUCGAUCAUUAUUCGUGAGACGUGUGCAUAGUAUACAACCGCUAUAGUCCGCCGUCCGGCGACUGGUCCGCGGCGAUGCAGCGGGGUCGCGAUCUCGCGAUUAUAUUAUUGUCCGUCAAUCGCCGGGCGAUAAUUUCCCGCGUGAAUUCAGUUUUUCAACAUAAUAAUAUUAUAUUAAAUUGCGUCGCGCAAAAGCCACGUUUUAACAAUAUAAAUGAAAAUAUAGCAUCCGCCGUUAUAAAACCGGUGCACGCGCACACCGGAAUGACCGUAAUAUUAGGUAUAUAUAUAUAAUAUCUGCGAACGUAUAGGUACUUGUAAUAAUGGAACAUCGCCACCCGGUGCAAAAACUGAAAAAAAAUAUACAUUACAAUAAUAUUAUAACGACGUGUUGAAAACGACGAUAAAAAAAUAAUAAUAAUAACCGAACGUCGUCGUAGUCGUGUAAUACAAUCGUUCGAGAAAAAAAAACGAAUAUUUCUUUUAUUAUGUAUGUAUGUAUGUAUUAUUAUUAUUAUUAUUAUUAUUAUUAUACCUCUAUGACGCGAAUAUAUAAUAUAUACCUAUAUGUGUAUCGAUUGUUUAUGCGAUUUUAUAUAUUACGAAUAAAGUUGUGAUACCGUUUGCGGCCGACGAUGAGAGAGAACAAAAAAAAAAAAAACACCUAUAAUAUUUUUAUCAUACGAAUAUAGAACAAAAUCAAAUUAUACCGCGAGGGGACAAUGGCUGUUGCGCAUGCAGCAUCAGUACGGACGCCGCCGUGGCCGUCACAAACGAGAUCCAGUUAUUUUUAAAUCCUAAAAAAAAUAAAAUGAAUUUAAUAUAAUAAAAAACACAAUAAGCAAAAAUAACGUUCUUGAGAUAUCGUAUGAUGUACGCGAUGCGAGUGUAUUUGACCACACAUAUAAUUAUAGUCUUUGUAGCUUGAGACUUAAUACUUGAGACGGAUAUUGCCGAUAGGCCGGUAUUCGUAUGUAAGCUGCUAUAGAUUACUAUGUGAUAUUAAUGAAAUAAAAUGAGAUCAGAGAGAGUUAUGGAAGCUACAUUGUUUGCUAAAUCCGGCACAUUUGUAGGAAAUUUCGAUGACAUUUCAGUCGCGCUUAUGAUUAUUUGCGGUUUGUGGGAUUUGUGAUUGGAUUCAUAUUUCCUAGGGUUAAGAAAAAUCGACAAUCCACCCUUACAUGUAAAGUCGCAGAGUAAAUUUUAUCUGCUCUCAUCGAAAAUUCGAAAAUACCCCGAAAACUCUUAAAUAAUUUAUAUAAUAUAUAACCCGGAUUAUUAAAAAAAUUAUAUACAUAUAAUAUAUUAUAUUUGUUGAUUUUUUUUUACUUUUCUAGAAGACCUAUACGCUAUAUUGAGGGGGUUGGGGUUAGUUUGAAAUUUUGUUUGUAUUUUAAUGAUAAAAUUUAAAAAAAGCUUUAAGUACGUAUAAAGCAUUAAAAUUCGAGACAUAGGUUUGGUUAUAGAGCAUGCAAACCGCAGUAGGGUUUCCGAAAAAAAUACACGAUAGAAAGUUUUAAUUCAAAAAUCGACCGCGAAAUUAAAUAUUCACGAAUAUUAUGUUAAUGUAAUCCUAACCUUGUAAUAUAAAUCGUGUGGUGUGUAAUAAAUAGCAGUAAAUUACGACGGCCACGGGAAUUCUCCUACAAAUAUAAUUAAAAUUAAUAUGGGUAUACUAUAUUAAUAUUAUCGGUAGUUAGGACAAAUUAUUAACGAAGAAUAGUGUAUUACUGAAAUAUCGUAUAAUUUUUAUGCGCAGCAAGCGUGAAUAAUAUAAAACAAAUAUAGUGACCUAUUUAUAAUAUGUAUUUUUAAGUUUCGUUAAAAAUUCUCCACCAACAUUUGUAUAAUAAAUUUAAUUUAAAAAUUUUUCCUUUGGCUUCACUUUAUAUUAUUGGUUAUUUUUCCUUGACUUUAUUUCCCUUCAGUCACCUUAAACAGUGCAAAACUCGCCGAAAAUACUGCUGUUUAUACUUUUCUGUAUGGCUUAUUCUAGGUCAUAUAGACCCAUUGCCAAUGUCUCUCCAUGCUUUUCCAUGCGUUUUUCAGUUAUUCUCCGUCCAUUUUUGGUUCCAUCAGUAUUAUUUUCAUUUUGCAUACUUCUACACAGGUAGGUAGGUACGUGAAGAAAAUCAUCGCUAAAUAAAUACAUCGUUGUCAAUUUAUUAUUAUUUUUUUUUGUAUUAUAAUUGAUAAUUUUUUGAAUAAUAAAUUCAAGAGGAUAUUUGGAUUUCUUGCGCAAAUAUAUAUUUGCCGCCUAGUUACCUAAGUAUAUAUCUAUUUGUGUUCAGCUAAUAAAUUAUUAAUGAUUAUUAUAUUCUGUAAAUAUUUUGACAAACCGUGUGCAGUGCAAACAUAAUACUGUAUACCUACCUACGCGACUACUGAAGAAGUGAUUUGAAGCAAAUACAAUAAACCGUAUAAAAUAAUAUAUUACUGGGGUGUCCAACCUUUUGUAAAGACUGGGCGACAUUAUGUAAGUAGAAGUUGUUGUGGGCCACAUACAUUAUAAUAAUAAUACAUUUUAUUUAAAAUUUUCACCGUAGUGAAUAAUCAGUAGAAAUAUUUUGACGAGCUAUUACAUUUUAUUUAUAGUUACAAGGAAAAAUAUAUUUAUUUAUGAUGAAAAGAAAACAAUUUGAAAAUAAUAGUUUUGUUAUUUUUGUUACAUUAGUUUAUUUAUCGCUAUCAGUUCCCAAUAAAGAUAACAAUUUCAUAUAAUAGUACAUUCUAUUAAGUAAUAUUUAAAGUUUUUUAAUAUUUUGUAGUUUUAUAUUCUUGAAAUAAAUUUGUUUUCAUAAUAUUAUAUACAAUUAAUUGAUGAUUUGAAAUUUAAACGAGGGCCGUAUUAAAAUCUACCGUGGGUUGAACAUCCCUGCUAUAAUACAUAUAUAAUAUCUUUGUCAUACGAUCAGAGCCAGGGCCUAUUUUUGUGUAUAAUACGCCUCAUUGUGUGUAAUACCAAAUCUGUUGUGUGUAGUACGGAAUUAUAAAAUGUGCAGAGUGUUAUAAAAAAAUAUUUCUUUACUAUGUUUUGUUGUUAUAGUAUUUUUUAAUUGUUUAACGAAUUUAGAAAAGGUAUUCGAAGACAUUCGAACAAAUACAAAGUAUUUUAAAAUUUGUUAUUUAUUAUUAUGAUGUUUUAAAAAUUAUUAUCUUAAUGCUUGUCAGAAUUAGUUUAUUGACUUUCAAUAAGGAAUUAAAUUCAAAGGAACGUUAUUUAAACAAAUGUUUUGAAAGAAUAAUGUAUAAAUAAAGUACAAACUAGUUUAUAUUAUGUGAUAUUUUUUUUUUAAGUUUACUUGUUACAUUACCCAUAAAUUUCUCUUUUAUAAAGUUUAUACCUGGAAAUAUUUGUUUAAAAAAAAUUGAAAACAACGACAAAUGGUAGACAAAUUAGUGAAAUAACUGUAUUUAAGAGUAUAAGAGCAAAUUUUUUUUUUUUACCAUUUAUUUAUGGUCUAAACAAAAAGUGCGUAAUACAAAAUUAUACAGAAAAUAGGCUCUGAUCAGAACCGAACCUAGACGUCACCUAUAACUGCACUCACAUUGUCCAAGUGCGUUGUUAUUCAAGGUCUGUGAUUUUCAUAAAAGUAAGUAGGUACGUAGGUAUACCACGACUUCAUUAUGUACCUACUGUAUAAAUAAAAAUAAUUGAGUUAUCUCCGUUAAAUCAAAUCAAUUAUUUGCUCUUUUGCGGGGCUUGCAUCAAUAUAAUUUAAUGAUUAGAUUCUAGACUCUAGUUAGGUCUAAUCUCUCUGGUUAUGAUUAUAACGUUAUGUAGGUACAGUAAGAAAAAUGAUGAAUAUCGUUAAACAGAACGUACAAAAUCUAAUAAUCCAGUCAUUCCAGCCGUCUUUAUCCGACACUCGUGGUUUCCAAGUUCUAGUACUUCCGCAUAUUUCUUGACUAUGCGUCUUUACACCUAAUUCUUAGUCUUUAUCUGAGGAAUUUUUUUCUCACUGGGAAAAAGUUCCCCUUCAAUACUGUACGAAUAAGCAAUAGGUUACGGUUUCUCCGGGCGCGCACCAUGAUCAUUAUUGUAAUCUCUUGCUUCUGCAGGUGGCAUCUACGAUACAGUUCAGAUUCAAUGGUUCUCAUUCUUUCUUAUUCACCACUUAUCGUUGGUCUCGCUGUAUAUUUUACAGCUAAUUUUCCUCGAUCGUUUCUUUUUAAACACGCUAAUAAUAAAUAAAAAGUCGCAUAAGUAUACCUAAAUUUAUUUCGGGCGAGUACUAAUCGUGUAUAGUAAUUUAUUCGGUAGCUUUCGUUUUUAUAAUGUGGCACACAUUUACGUACGGUCCGAACAGUGUACGUAAUCUUUUAUUACCGAAAUGGAUGGUUACCGCCACCACGAGAUACGUCAUCGUUAUAAAAAAAAAUGGUAUGCAAUUAUAAUAAACUAUACUAUUGGCGAUUGGAAAUAUAAUUAAUAAAUAAAAAUUAUAAUUAGUAUAAACGUUCGCUGCAGUUAUAAACAUCCUUGGGUCGAUCGUUAUUCUAAUGAUACAAGAAACGCGUGUUUCAUUAACACCCGUACGAUUUCGAAUGACCAAAAAUAUUUUAAUACUAUGUCGAAAAUGUUGUCGAAAUCUACCCAGGAACAAUAAUAGACGACUGCAAACCCCGAGAUAAGUGGAUAGGGAUAGGGAUGGUGGAGCCGGAAAAAGUCCCGCAUGAACAUAAAAGCUUAUAUAUACAGAUGAAGAAUAUAAUAUUAGUCUCUGUCGCUGUCACUACCGACAACUUGCGGUCGUUUUUAUUUGCAUGAUCGCAAACCGUUUUAAGUCAUUCAAACGCGACUAUUUUUUUACCAUCGGUUAACGAGGAGAAUCACCGUGUCUUUUUUUUCUCCAAAUAUGCGUGUCCAUUUAAAAUUAUAAACGGUCUGUUUUAUAGUGUUUAUGCGUUACCAUAUAAAUAUUAUUUACGUGCGAGCAUUGUGCAAAAACGAGAGUGUAAUGUGUGUGGUGUUAUUUUUUUAUUCGUGCGCUUACAUCUGCACCUGCUUUUUCGUUUACGAUAAAAAACAAAAAAAAUUUAAAAUCACUCUCGUUCAUGACUGACUUAUCGUUUGUUUUUUCGAAUUUACUUUCGUCGGACUCACCGUUACAUCGCGUCAUAUUAUAUCCAGUGUUGGAAUAAUCUGGAUAAUAAUAUCGAAAAUAUAAUCUAGAAUCUAGAUGACGAAAUACUAUUUAAUUUAUCUUUUAUCUAGAUAAAAUAUAAAUGUCUUUAUAUCUUCUUAGUUCCAUUUAGUACAUAAACACGUUAAUAAUAGAUACUAUACUAUUAUAUUACCUAUAAUCAUAAAAAAAAUCGGAUUUCCUCAAAAAAAAAAUUUUUUUUUUUAAUCACGACAUAACCUUGGUUAUUCACAAAUAUUAUUUUAUAUACCUAUACUAUUUUGAAUAUUUAAUAAUAUGUUUUGAAUUCGAAUUAUCUGUAUUCUUAAAGUAAUAUUGGUUGUGAAUUAUCUUAAUAUAUCUUUUUACAUCUUAAUAUAUGUAUCCAAUAAGACAGAACUAAAUGUGCUACCUGUUAAGAAAAUGUAUCUAAAAAUUACUGGUACAUAGGUAUUUAUAAACAAUUACAACAUAUUACAAUUAGUAAUACAAUAAUUACAAUAUAUUACAACCGAUAAUGCAUGGAGUAAACACAAGAUACGCAAAAACAAUUUUAUUAUUAAAAGAUAAAAAAAACCAUAUCUGGUAGAUAUUUUGAAAUAAUCCAAUCUAUGUAACCGUAACAAAAUGCCAUCCUAUAUAGUAACCCUUCUAAUUUAUUUAUUCAAAAAAAUUUGCAAGGGUUAUUGGAAUCUCCUUACGAAUUAAUAAUAUUAUAGUAAUAAAAUUGUUUUAAUUUUAGCCUUAAUUUAUAGUAAUCGUUGUAUGAUAAUGUAAUUUAAAUCAUGUACUUAUUAAAUAAAAGUGUAAUUUGUUUUUUUUAAAUAGAUUUUUAAUUCUUGGGCUCAACACGAGUCCUCUUAGUGGGGCCCAGUACUCAUAUAUUUAUACUUAAUUAAAUAAAAUAAAUAAAUAGAUGUUAUUAAAUAACUGAAAAUUUUAUUUUAUCAUUAGCUAUUUGAGAAAAUUGUUUAGUUCAGAUUAUCUUUUAUCUAAAUUUGUAUCUAGAUACAAAUAUUGUUUAUUUUUUCCAACACUGAGCUAUUAAUCGUAUACUGUUGUCCGUUGAUAACAGUUGUACUGAGCGCUUUCCUUCUACCGAUUUUUUAUUCGUUCCCAGAUUCUAGCAUUAACUAUGGUGAAUAUUAGCUGUAAAGAAGCCGUGCUACUCGUAUUUAAUAUCCCAGUCCGAUCAACCUAGCAAAAUUACAUAACCUUAGACUUUGAACACCUCUAUUACAGACCCCUUAAAUGAAACUACGGUGAUGGAAUUUUGUACAUGCAUCAUGACGUUAGUAUGAGGAUGUGCCUUUUGGGAAACGGGGGUUUCAACUUUCAACCCUCAUCUCUAUCGUUUUUAUUCUCAAACUGCAUGUGAAUUUCAUUUGUCAAAUACGACAUAUUAAUACGAUUUUAAUCGAAUAAAUUUUUAUUUCCCUUAUUUGUUUUUCUUUUCCUCGAGGAUUUGUGUUUCACUACACUGGAUUUAUGUCACUCCAGGAUGACACAUCACCCAGAUUGAAAAUCCGGUGAACACUGAGGAGAACUGCAUGAUAAUGCCUGCAAGUACUUAAAAUGUCCAAUUAAUACUCAAACGAAAUUAUACGGGAUUGAGAACUCGCGCGCAAACGUUCACUACGAUUUUGACGGCCACAAAUCAGCCGUAGAUUAUUUUGUCCGUUUUCUCGUCUUACAUUUUUUUCGUGAUUCGACUGACCGCGGAACGAACGAUUCGCGUGUGUGCUCAAAGACACGUGUAAUUACCACACAUUGUUACCGGGCGUUAUUACACUAUUAUUAUACCUGCCUACCUACACCAUAGUUAAAAGCGAGAAAAUUAUACGGCAAAUGACUUUAUAAUAUUAUUAUUAUCAUCGUACAAUUAACGCACCUCCGUCCACGCCAUGUGCUUAUACUUUUAUAAUUAAGUCGAAAACGGGCCCCGCAAUAAUGUACACUAGGCGAUUGAUUUUAGAUUUUGAACGAAGCAAUUUGCAAUUUGACUGUGUUUUUUUUGGGGGGGGGGGGACUGUAAAGAACUUCAGCAUUGAGACUCGUCGAACAUUGAAAAAGAAAAUAUAAUUUUUCUAACAGAUAUAUUGCUCAAAUCAAAAAUGGGAACUUUCUUGAAGAAUUUUUAAUUUAGUUGGUACGUCGAAGAGGUUUUUUUCGUAUUUCCCUUGUAGAGUUCUUAAUGGUAAGACUGGACAUUUUUUUUUUGUUUAAUUGUCGACGAUUUCUUGAAUUCACGCUGUUCGAAAUCAUUUUCCGUUAGCGUUGGCAACAGUUUAACGUCGCGUAAAGGUAUAAAUUAAAUUACUUUAUAUUAUAUUGUCUCUUCAGAGUAUUCCCUCCGUAAACAACGCAGUAUCAGCUUUUUUUUUUUACAAAAUUUCGCAGGCGAUUUGUAUUCGUAAUGCAACAUAAUUUAUCGAUGUACUAUGCGCAUAUAAACAUUAUGUAUGUAUUCGAAUAUUAAAUCAUAGGUGUCCGUCAUCAGAAUCGAAAAUAAUUAUAUACGCCUACCUGUAUAUUACGCGAUUUAAAUAAUUGAAAAAAAAAAUCCUCAUCGUUUUUCAGCUAAUUUUAUUAACCUACGGUAUGAGGACCGCGCGAAAACAUCAUAUACCUAGGUUAUAGGUUACAGGCUACAGCUAACCUAUAAUACUUGAUAAAUUAUAAUUUGUCGAGUAUUUAUACCGUCAGUUAUCGGCAGAAUUUUUUUAAUAUAUAUAUAUAUUAUUAUCUAAUAACAGUAGACACACUUCAAACAAAUCCGCCCGUCACCACGCCUCUUUAAUCCGACUAUAUGAUAAUCUCGUACACAUACCUAUAAUAUAUUAUAAUAACUCUAUUAUUAUACAUUGUCGAGUUCUGUAAUUAGACAUUUCGCUUUUCUCUCCGGGUUUUCAGACUGGUGGUGCUGCGUGUACAGUGUACACGCACUCGUUCGUAUAAUUUGCUUAUUCCGUUUGAUACCGUUAACACGGUUAUUAAACUAUACGAAUGUCUAAAACGGGAAGAUAUACCUAGCGUGGUAUUCACAAUUAACGGACGACGGCUCGUGAACAUCCGGCGGUACGACGACAUAUUAUAGUAUACGAAGACAUUAGGUCCAAAGAAAAAAAAAAAAUUAGCGAAAACGAAAAGGAAAGCAUUUUGUUUAGGAUGUUUAAUUACAUGAACUAACCGAAAACGAAACGAAAACACAGCCGAAAAUGGUUAAUCUUCUCGAGUACCUACCGCGGAUAUAAUAAUAUCCAAAUAAUGAGUUAGGUUUUUUAAAAUCUGAAUUUAAAUUAGAAUUUUUAAAAAAACUAAUUUAACGAUUUUUAUGGAAUUAUUUUUUUGGAUAAUAUGACUAUAUUAAUAAUAAUAUAUUAGUCAUAAUCAAUUUCAGAAAAAAUGAUUUUUAAAAUCAUUCAUUUUGUGGAUUUUAAAAGAUCUUUAAUGUUUAAGAAUAUAAUUUCCAAAAAAAUUAUUUUUAUGAUUUUGGAUUUAGAUUUUGAAAAUCGAUUUGUUGUUAGAUUCUGAGCGAAGCGAUUUUGGUAUUGAUUUUACUAUAAUGUGGUUUAUUUUUGGCAUCUGUAAACAACUUUACUACCAAAAAUCUUGGUCUAAUCAAAAACUUUACAGAAACUUUCUUGUAUUAUGUUUGAUCUGAUCAAUGCAAUUAAGAGUAAUGUUUUGAUUUGUUUAGUGGUUGUCAUAAUAAAACGGAAAAACUAGCAAUUAUUUGUACAAUUAUUGUUAAUUAAUUGAGUUAUCCAGAAAAAAGCGACUAUUAAAACUCAGCUCAAAAUCGUGUUUUGUUAGCGAUGGUUUAUCGUUGCGUACAUUUAUAAAUUCAAUUUACACUACACAUCCUCCCUUCUUACUUCCCUCCCAAAACAGUGGCACACGCAUCAGCAGUAUUAGCCUUUUUAUUAUUUACUCGGUAGUGGUGCGUUCGUUAAAGUCUCGACAUUAACAUGCGUGACCGAUUUCCAAGUCUAAACUGCAGAUCAAAGUAGGUAUCUAUCGCCCAACUGACGACGUCGACGACUAUGCAUAUUAUUGUUGUGAUGUUUUUUUUUUUUUUUUUCAAGAUCGAUGACGGCGCUUUUUACCUCACCUGCGUGUUGUACACAUCUUUGUUGCUUGCAAAAUACGCGCGAAAAAUAAAAGUAGACCGCAGAGAAAUUAUAAUAUUCUACUCAAAAAAUCGAAAAUCGAGUCCAUUUAGAAAAUCGUAUUAUGCAUAAACAGGUGCGAUUUUAAAUGACGUUACGCACACAUGUUUCACAGAAUCAAAUAAUUCGUUAAAAAAAAAAUACACACAUACACACAUCCAUAAUAUUUAUUUGGUCACCGUGUCGAAUUUUCGACCGUUCGUCAUAUCUUUAGGGUGGUAUUCAUUAACCGCCGAAAUUUCACGACUUUUAUUAUUACGAUAAAAUAUUAUAGUCUCGCCGAUUGUUAUUUUUAAAAUAAUAUCGAGGAAGAUCUUUAGACCUGCAGUAACAGUAAAGCCAAUAAUGGAUAACAUAACCGGAACAGGGAAAAUAAAGAGCUACUGCAAAUAUGCAAGUUUGCCAACUAGAAUGUUUUGUAGAGAUUUUCGCGAAAAAAGUCUAACGUGGGACACGUGCACAGAAGCUAAAAUCCACCACUACGGGUAGUACUGGAACCGAAGUCGACAAAUGAUCUUUGCGAAAGCGGAGGAAUGUAGUCGAAAGUAAAAUAGGAUGUGAAAGCUUUAGAAGGUGAAUCCAAUCAGAAGAAUUUGGCUAUAGAUAGGGAUAACUGAAACAUUAAUUGUGGGAUAAUGAUACUAUAGAAUAACUCAAUAUAAAGGAAUAACUAAUUUAUAUAAUUAUUUUCAUUCAUUUUUUUUUUGUUGAUUCUUUUUUCUCUUUUGCCUUUUUUUUAAUGUCAUUACUUAAUGCUUAGUGAUGUAGCCAAGUUGUCUUUGUGUAUCUUUGUUUAAAAAAUAUACAUUCCACCGACUUCAAUAUGAAUACGAAACAAUUGAAACUAAACCUAUCGUGUUCAAAUACCUAAAUAGUAAUUUCCAUAUUAUUUCUCACGUUUUAAAAAUUCUGUUUAUUAUGUUUUCGAAUUUUUAUGCGUGUUAAUAAAAUUUAAGUAACUGCUGGACCUCCGCACGAGUUUUCACUCAGCGAGGGUCAGUAAUCUUUUUGAUAGCAAAUAAAAAAAAAAAAAAAAAACUAAAUAAAUAAAUAGAAAUAGCGUGUAGCGUAGUAUUGUAUCAUGCGAAAUUGAUUAGGGAAAAUUCGACACUAUAUAACGACGAAGCCUUGCUGCUCACGGGUGUUUUUUUUUUUCCAUUACCAUCGGCGAUUAUAACGAUCGGCAUACGCACAUCGAUUAAGUAUUCCCGGCAUCAAUUGAUAUUAUAUCGACAAUUCCGAUCGAGAACAUCGUAAACGCGUCGCCGCGGCGCCUCCCUGGCGCGCGUUUGACGGGCUCGCACGAUGACGCGUGACUGGUCACAACAAUUAUGUUUGUAGGUAGGUACGUUUAAAUCUAGGUAAGCGGUAACGGCGGUAACCUAAGCGCAUGUGUGUCUGUGCGCACAGUACCUAUAUAUUAUUAUAACAUUUCGUUUUUUUUUUUUUUUUUUUUUUUCUUCGGUUUUGUUUCGGGCGUGAAAUAAAACGUACCUCUAUGUGUGCACAUUAUAAUGUAUACUUUAUGUAUAUUUUAUUGUCGAUGUGCGACGGCAACGAUUACACGGUUUUUCGUCCGUCAUCUCUCAUCACUGCUCCAUAUAUUAUUAUUAUUAUUGUUAUUAUUUCGUCUGCUGCUGCCGUCGUCGUCGUCGCCGGCGUGCGGUUUGCAUAGAAUAUUGUGCGUGGUGAUCGGAGGCGGCGUCGGCGGCGACCGUAAUCGCCGGACGACAACAUUGUAAUACUAAUACUCGUGUAUUAUAACCCGGCGACGAAAAUAUAAAACGGAUCCGGGAAGUAUAAUAGUAAAAAUAUUAAACAGCUUCUGCGGUAGCGGUUCGCGUGCCCCAUACCCGCAGACCGCGCCGCCGGACAUCCUCCCGCCGAUCGGUUUUAUCUUCUUUUUUAACGGCACACAACGUCUUCAGAAUUUUUUUUUUUUUUUUUUUCACUCUCUUUUUCUCCCUCGGACACACAGAUAAUCGCCGUCGAGAAUUUUUCUCAUAUAUACGUGUAUUCACACGUAUUAUAUUAGUAACCUAUCAAUAUUACAGAAGAGAGCGAUUAGUUUUACGCAAUAUAUCGUGAUAUUUUCUUUUACACGGUUAUUAAAAAUGCUCCGAUUUGUUCACCCGAAGUAGAUACCUCAAAAUAUGCGGAAUUCCUACCCCCUCGAUACUUUAUUUGAAACAUUUGUCGCAAAUUUUCAGCAAUUCAACUAUACUAAGUUCCUAUUUUUGCUGUUUGAUUACUGUUGAUUUCUGGUAUUCCUUUAGAAACGCGUAGAAACACGAGGAAAACACGACUAAUAUCAUUGAUUAAAUGUGUAUAAUUAAUCAAUGACAAUACUUCCAGGUCCGGCACUACCUACCCCCUCUGAUUGCUAUUCUGCUCAGAAUCGUUUUUAGUUUGCAAUGAAAAAUCAUUGCACACAGUAUAUUAUAAUCUAAAUAACUCUGUGACUACUCAUUUGCAACAGUAUUGACAGUAUUUUUUUUAUUUACGUCAAUUAUACAACGUGAUUUAUAUUUUGUUUAAUGGACCAAGGCGAUCUAGCAAGACGUUGAAUAUUUUGCUGACCUGACCUAACCUAACUUAACCCUGUCGGCUCUUGUAAUCGAAACUAACCCGCGAAGAAAAAUAAGUUAAUAAUUGCCCUAAUAUAGGUGGUUUUAACUUUUAAUCGUUGCUGUAAUCGAUUCAUUAUAUUACUCCACGGAAUCAUGCAUGAAGUAAAUCGAAUUUAGAGAAAAAAAAGUCAAUUACUUGUUGAAAUUCACUAUUUUCACAGUUAAUAUACUGUGCAUUGUUAUACCAUUAUAAUUAUUAAACUGACAGCAGAGAGUUUUUUUCCUAAGUAUAUAUUCAUAUUUUUUUUUUUAUUAAAAUAAUAUUACUAAAAGUAGGUACACAUUUUUUUUUUUUUUUUUUUACUUGCUCUUUUUCAUUUUGCUUUUUUUCCUAUAUACCCAGCUCCCCAAGUAAAUCAAGGUUGAUACGAACGCACUAUAAGCAUACCCGCAUGCAAACUAACGGCGGUUUACUCGUUUCUUUCGGCAUUUAUACCGUUUUCGAAUCGCAGACGCUGUAAAUAUCUACAUUUAUAUCCAAGUUUAAUGCGUCCUAGUCCCGUUUACAUUAGCUAGUUGGAUUGUACGAGAAAAUUAUUGUCGCGAGAGCAGUUGUAGUAGGCUAAUAGUUAUAAUAUUACAGGAGAGAUAACGACGACAUUGGCGGAUAUAAAAUUUAUAAAACUGGCUUAAUAAUAUUAUCGUUGCGGGGCGCACGUCGUUGUAAGAACAGUAGUGAACACGACGUAAUAACAAACAAUAAUAUACGCCUACUCGACGACAUGCGAACGGGAAACCGGUCGUAAGAGUACAAGCCGGAGAUGUGUAACCAAGAUUACCGCGGGUGCCCAGGUAUAUACCGGAGUUUGAUUCGCGCGUUGUAGCGGUCGUCGCCGUAAACCUUUCCGUCGGAUUACUCCGUUGUUUCUUUUCUUUCUUUUUUUUUUCCGCGGUUUUUCCUGGAGCCGUCGUGUAUUAGGCGCCCCCGACACUGUACAGCGGUCUACCGCGACGACGACGUUCUCAAUUAAACUUAACGGCUUUCAAUAUUAAACUUAACUAAGUGAUGGUGUAUAGUCGUCCAACCGAGAUAACGGGGCGAUGUUAUCGCCCGUCGAGUGCACUUACAGUUGUAAUAAAUACCUGCCUAUUAUAGAUACCUACACUCCAUACAGGUAAACGUCAUCAUUUAAAACUGUCGCACGACAAUCCGUUUGCCGCGGCCAUCGAAUCGGGAAGACCCUUUCCAAUUGAACUUCCAAGUCUACGCGCGGCCGACUUCAUACCAACGUUCCUUCAAAUGGAAUGUACCGAAGAUAAUUACCGUUGGACUGCGGCCGUGCACCGCCUACUCGACGGUAUCGCGACGUCCGACAAAUUGUGUGCAGUUCGUUUUAAAAACCGUGUGGUCCGUUUAAUGGACUCUAUUAUAACAUGCGCAACGAAAUAUUUCUUCUUCUCUUUUUUCAUUUUUCCCGGACUAUUUCCGGUGUCGGCCGCCUCGGUUGCCAACAUACGUCCGCACAUUCGUUUGCAAAACGUUACUCGUAAUACAGCCUCGUCCCUUCGCGUCGCGUGUCGUCCGAGUCACCUCUGUCAAUAUUAUUCUCUUUCUCUUUUCGACUAUCUAAAAUACCGAAUUAUCGGUCGGAAGAGGCGGAUUCUGUGUCGGCCGAUAAAUCCGACGUCCCAUUUUCGAUAUCGGCCGUCUCGCGAUCCUUUUCGCCUCUCGAUUCUUUUCACCUCACGAUACCAUCGCGUCCUAAAUAAUUAUUAAUGACACGACUACCGUUUAUAUAAAUAGAUUUAUACGACUAUAGGCGUAUCUGUACACUUAACGCACAGACGGACGAAUAAAUCAUUGACGAUUGGAAUCGCAUCGCGUGCGUUCGACCCAAGUAUACCCUACCCUACCAGCUGUGCAUCAGCCGUUAAAGAAUUUCGAUUUAUUAAACCGAACCGCCCGUUAUUUCGUGCGGCUAUUCGGAUUUCGUUUGAAUCCAAUAAUAUAUUAUCACGUACAGGGUCGCCGGGACGUUGUUAGAGGAUCUCGUUAUAAUAUCCGCGAGCACGUCGAUGAUUUAUCGUAAAAACGUACAUCCGAAUACACGCACACACACACACACACACACACACACACACACACACACACACACACACACACGUCUAAAAUAAAAUCGACAAAAAUGAAUAAAAAUAUUAUAAUACGGAAUACAAUGUUGAUGAUGAAGACAUUGCAAAGUGUAUACAUAUUUAUAAUAGUCGUUAGUGGUGAAACGUUUAUAUGUGUAAACGCUGCAACCUACGCCUACUAUUGGCAGAUAGCAGACGUGAUGUACACUAAAACGUAGUUCGCUUUUAUCAUAAUAUUAUAUUGAUACAGUACGAAAACAUUAGUUAAAUAUUCGAAUAUUAUGCGCGAUAAAAAUGGAAAUAAAAUUAUGAUAAUAAGGGUCACGGCGGGCGGUUAAACUGCGAGACGUGCAUGCGUUAAGGUUAACGGAAAAAAAUAAAAUAAAAAUAGAUAGGUAUGUAAUAUAGUUUUGACAUUGAAACGCGUAAAUUAUUUGACGAGGGAAUUCGCGCACGUGUGUGAUAAAAAAAAAAAAAAAUCAUCACAGUGCGCUUUUAAAAAUACCUAUGGGUAAUAUUUACGGUUUCGUAUACGGCUUUGGAUUCGAAACGUCUCGAAUUUAUCGAUGUCGUGAUGCAGCAGCGUGUACACCCACCGUCCGUUUUCCGCACGAGUGAUAAUAUUAUUUACCUGUUGAACUGCUAUAGGACCUGUUGACAAUAACAAUAACAAUGAUAACUUGACCCGGGGGGAUUUCAUGGCUGCGCGACGCUUCUUCAGGGCCGGUCACUAUUCUCACAUGGUAUUAUUAAGGUCUCCAACGAACCAUAAUAAUUUUUUUUUUUUUUAUGAUUGUUAUUAUUGUUUUCCUAAUAUAAUAAUUACUCUGUGAACGCGAUAUUACAAUAUUUUUGUAUUAUUGUUUACGACCUGUCUGAUUUUAAAUCGUUAUUUAUACACGCGUUCGAACGAGACUUUAAUAAUUAUUUAGUACGUGUGCAAUUCAUACGAGUAUCCCAACGCUACUUUGUCGAAUACUGGGCAUCAAACAUAAAGGCGAAGCCGUUUCGAAGUCGAUUUUCCAGGAGUAUAAUUUUAGUACUCUGGAUAGUAUCGGAAAUCCAUACAUCGAAUGGUUAUAGAAACUAUAAAUUAAUUAUACCACGACUGAAAGCUUGCUUCAAAAAGAUUCCUUUUCUGCUUAAAUUUGCGAUCCAGUAGUGUAAAUUAAGUAAAAUCAAUUAUAGAUUUUAAUGUUUACGAAUUUAAUACAAUACACUUUUUUAAAUAUUUUAAAAACAAACAAGUUAAUUCACCACCAAAUAAGGGUGUUAAAUAAAGGUUAGGUAUUUAUAAAUUAAGGUGGCCCGUGCAUUAAUGUUUAAAAAAACAUGUUAACAUAAUAUCAUUAAAAACCGAUCUGAAAGUUGAAAUCACCAUUAUGAAAUGAAUAAAAAACGAUAUUUUCAUCAGCUUUCAUCAGUUUGAAAUAUAAAUUAUCAAAACAGUAAGUUGUUUAAAACCAAUUUUAAAUACGGUCUUUUAUGUCUUCGGUAAUGAGAUGACCGUGGCGUAUUUAUGAUUUUGUUUUGUUUUGUUUUUUUCUUUUUAUGAGGGGAAGAAGGUACAUUAACACAAUUUAGUAAGCUAAUUCCGCCUAAAUCAUACCAAACUUGUAUUAUAGAAAUUAUGUGCUUAUAGGAUGAAAAACAUCGAACGCACCAAUAAAUGCGUAAAUAUGCUACUGGAGUUGAAUAUAUUUUUAAAAAUUGUAAAAAUGUCGACGUAGUAGUAUCCAAAAUGUUUGCCAUCUACAAAUUUCAUAAUAGAUGUUAAAAUUCUAUCUCGGGCACUUUUAUCUGUUUUGCGCGAACAAGUUUGGUAUCGUUCAUCAAAAAUGUUUUUUUAAAUUAAUUUAUAAUUUGUUCAAAAACGUCGUUAUAGUUGCCUAUCGCCACCCCUUCAUAGCUAACAAAUACUACAACUAGAUGGCAGUACAACAUUCGUAUGUAAACGAACCGGUUGUUUUGUUGACUUUAAAAGUGAAUUUAAAUUUUAAAAUUAAUGUAGCUAACAUUACUAUGCCUUUAACCCCCUCAUUUAUAAAUGAUAAUUAAUAAUAUUAUAUAUUACUGUUAUUAGUUAACAUAAUAUUAUUGUAUUCACUCAUAUUUUCGAAAUUAAUGCAAUAACCUACGUUUCAUUCCUCGUGAUAUCAAUAUAUGAUUUUUACGCCUAAAAUAAACCGGAAGACUAAUGAAAUAUCAUAAAAAAAAAAAAUAUUCAAUAUUCGUAAAGUGUUAUAAAUUAACAACUAUAUUGUUAUUAUUAUCACUUAUGCGUACAAAAAUAUCUAGCCCCUUAAGUUUAUCCGGAGGCAAUUUAACCAGCACGACUGUAUGUACUUCAAUAGCCAGCGUUUUCUCAAUGAAGGCGCGUCGGCUGUCGUAUAAUAAUAUUAUUAUAAUUAUUAUUCUAUUUCGCAAUAUUAUUGCGUAACUUGUGCUUCUUCAGUCACAAACCCGCAUCCACAGCGGUCCUACGAUAAUUAAAAACAAACGGAAAAAUUCAACUUCAAAAUAAAAUUGCGAUUUUCGUCGAUGUGUCAUAAAUACGUUUGUUUUAAACGAUACACCUCUGCACGUACUAUUAUUAGAAUAUUAUGUUUUAAAGAUAGUGCAAUACAGACGCGUCAUCGUUUUCAAUUAUUAUUGUCAUUAGAUUAAAAAUAUUAACGAUCGAUGUUUUUCGUUCGUCACGUUGGCCAUUUUCGUAUUCUUUAAACGUGAUUAUAUAAUCGGAGUUUACUGAACAAAUUUUGGACAUUAGAAAUCAGAAUCGUUUUUACCUUUAAGACGGGACAGUAUCUCGGAAAAUCCAACGUCCGUAUGUGGCGCGCGUGUAUUAAAGAGCCUCGUCAUUUUUGACGAUUUUAUUCGUUCAAAUGCCCUAUAGUUUUGACAAAAUGAAUUCAAAGUUUACGCUAUUGGAUUAUAAUUCGGAAUGAAUAAAAUAACAGCGCGGGUACUGGAUAAGUCGUACGAAAAACUAGUGGAAACAAUUAAAUUGUUAAAUUCUGUGUGUGAUAUUUGCAAACUUGAAAAUUUGGAUUUUUCGGACCCGUGACAUUGUAAUUGAAUAGUGUCAACGUUUCGCAAUGGCGUGUCUAUCGACGUAUAGGAGCCCCGGAGUCAAAAACAAAUCGGGGCCGCUCGCGAAAAUUUCGAGCGAUCCCGAACAAUCCGAGGUACUCCAUUUCUUCACCUCUUUCCAAACAAUAUGAGCCCGUUUCACCGUUUCAAAUUUCGUAACGUUUUGAAAAAAAUAUUCUACAAAUCGCACAUUACUCUGUUAACUUACCGGCCAACAACUACACGGGCCGGUCCAGAUUUUUUCGCCGCCUUGAAUCCGCAUACCCGGACAUUGUUGUACUGUGCGCCGGGAAAACCUCUGGACAUUGCCGGUUGGGGCGGGGGUGGCUGUAAUAACAAUAGAGACCGACUCGUUUGCAAAUGAUUUUAUUGUGCGCUCGUUGUUGACGCCGUGGCCGCCGCACGUAGACAAUAAUACAACGGGAUAACGAGAUGAUCAAUAAUUAUUAUCAUUAGCGUCAGUCAACAUUAUAACAUACUUAGGUAGGUACACACGAAAUGAAAUUAGAAUGAAUAAUGAAAAAAAAAAAAAAUUAUAAUAAGUACCGCGCGUCUCUGGUUGGCUACCUACGCCGCCGCGUAAAUACAACAAUAGAAGAGAUACGCCCGUUAUAAUGUCUUUGGUUUUAAUUUCCGUUAUUGUCGCGACAAUGCGCCCGCGAUAAUAGGGCGUCGAAAAAUUUAAUUAAAAUCUCUACACCGCCGAGCCCGCAAUCAUUGUCCGCCAUCGUCGUGACGUUUUUUUUUUUUUUUAUCUUCAUUAUUAUUAUUAUUUCGUCUCAAUUAUCCGAUGAUCGGGCGUUUUUCCAUAAACACAUUGCGAUUGACCGAAAGAUGUUUUGUUCCAAAGAGACGUGUACAAAUAAUUAAAGUUCGUCCGGGCACACGGCUAAAUGUUAUUUUUAAUCAAUCGGAUUGGACUUGUUUAACGGCGUCUCUCUCAUUCAAUGGCGGGCGAAUUAACGAUAAUAAUCAACUCGAUUAAGUGUGUUAGAGUCGCGUUUCAAAAUUGUCGCUGAUUUUGUGAUAAUUAAAUUUUUUUUUUUUUUUUAAACUUGAAGUGAAUUGAUCACUUCAAUGACGACUCACUAAUUACUAAGUACUCGUUUUUUUUUUCCGCUUUUCUCUAAACAACUUUUUCACCGGCAAUUUUUGCCAAGUACAAAAGAUUUAUCAAAAAGAUCAUUUUUGAUCCAGUCGAUGCAUUGAGGAGGGAUUUUUUUUUUAUUUUUCUUGUAGUUUUCAAAUGGAAUUGUAAAUUGAAAAUGUAAUUUAUCUAUACAUAAUUAUAUAUAUAUACGUGUAUUUUUUUAUUCUGGGUUACUUUGGCAAUAAAGGGAAAAACACGUCAAAUAAUAAUUUGUUCAGAACCGUUUUUCGCGAUUAAUAGUUCGUCGGUGUGUAUAAAUACAAAAUUGAAUUAAUUUAUAUAAUAUAAUAUCUUCUCUCCGAACUUCCUUGCUAAAGCAGUGACGCGCCACGCAAAAGCAGAAUCAGUUCUUUGUUUUGCACAAAAUUGUUAAAACAAAAACAAAAAAAAAAAAAUCAAUAGUAUCCAGACAAAUAACAAUAUAUUAAACGUUCGGCUCUCUAAGGUUUUCGAUUUAGUAUUGUACACACCCAUGAGAAUAAAUUUAUUGAAUCUCAAUGUAUUUCGUAAUAUAUGUAUCAAAGUUUUUUUUGAACAAAAGAGUUAGGGGAAAAACGAGAACACCGUAUUUAAAGGAACCGUUCGAAUUGUUUUGCGAGAAAAAAAAAUAAAAAAAACGGAAAACCGUAUAAAAGUUUUCUUUUUUAGAAAUCGCCUCCGCCGGAACAUCCGCACGUUUCGCGUUCCGAAAACGACAGCGAAAUAACGUAAUAAUUUUUGUUGAUUUCUCUCGCGCCCGUUCGGUGCACUACAAUGCGAGUCCGCGUAUUAAUUGUAUGGGUGUACACACUUUUCAGAACACAAUAAUAAUAAUGCACUGUAAUUCACAUUAAGGUCACUCUGGAAAGCGAUAUUGAACAAGGAGUCGAGUGUAGUGCAACCGCAGUGUACCAAAGGCGAUUUCACCGCCGCGGCGCGGUGUUUCAAUGCGAUUGUUUCGCACAAUGGUUUAAUAUCAAUUAGUAGCGAUUUGGGAUGUUUACACAUUUUCGAAAAAAUUCCCAUCAUGAUAUUAGUUAAAAAUCACAUGCACGUAGGUGCGUCGAAUCUAUUGUGAACGGUUACGAUUGAUUUUGAGGCUUGUUUGUGGGGGCCUAGCCGAAGAAAGAGUCCAGCCGGUUGGUUACCCGGCUUUUAUACAAAUGUAUCAAGCGCAGUACAUUUUGAUACAGAACUGCAUCCAUCUACGAUAAUCGAGUGUGUUUCGGACAUAAACUAAGUCGAUUAAAAGUGCACCGCCAAAACACGCCAAAUGUCAUAAUAUUAACGCGGUGCACCGGAACCGUACUGCAAAACGGAUCCAGCGUGACUUAACUCUCCGCGCGUGAAACACACCAACAACCAGGCACUAGGUUCUUACAUUUUUUUUUCUUUUCCAAAAACGACGAGACUUUCUUUUAGUAAUUAUACCGUAUUUGUUAUCCUUUCAACAAUACCCGAUUAUAUUAUUUACCCGAUGGUUAUUUGGCUCGAUUCUAUUUUUUUUUUUAUAAAUAAUAAUUCAUUAUUCAAGACUUGUUAGGCAUUGCCUGCAUUUCUUUUGUUUCCGUUCACAUACCGCCACAACAACAUUAUUAUUUCGUAUUAUUGAUUUUUAUAUUAUUCAUACACAUACGUUUAUGGAAUAAAUAUCCUUUUAUUUAUUAUUUUUUUUCCUCUCUUUUGUCCGCCCUUUAUUACGUUUUAUACGUUUAUAAUCUAUUUUUCUCGUUUCACUCGUCGACGACACCGCCGCCUCCGGAAACCGCGCAGUUUAUUUCAGCCUGCCGGUGCAGUACGAUCAUUAAUUUCAAAUAAGCAAACAUAAAACCAUUGCGCUUAUAUACUUACCGCAGUUGAUAUCUAACGACUUUCUUGGGUUUUUUUUCUAGAAAUUGCGCGUAAAAUGACGCGUAUACAUUCUUCUAUUAAACACAAAAUCAACUAGAGACGCAGAGAUCAUUUGUUUUCUUUUAAGUUUUAUCGUACCGGAUUAAAAAGUAAAAAGUCACUAUCGUUUUAGAUUACCGGUAAGAUUUUCGGAUACGGAGCAAUGUCGUUUCUUGAACCUUCGUAUACCUUUCCUUUUUACUCUCGGCGAACGCAGGAAUCACCAUAGCAGUAGCGCACGCGGGAUUUUUUCCCGGGAGGGGUUUUGUUUAUAAUAAUUUCCUAGAUACGGCAAUAGCACACAUUAUUAAUACAGUACUGUUACCGAAUAAACGAUUUUCGAUGAAAUUAAAUUUGAUUUUAUUCUGCGGUAUAAGCCGUGGUAUGUUGUCGGAUGUACUACUCUGUUUAAAAAAAAAAAAAAAAAAUGCAGCGAAGGGAGAAACUUCGGGAGUAGGUUUUCGCCCUUGACCUAACCUACGCCCCUCUCCUCUCCCCUCUGGGUACUUCGCCGGUCGCUAGUCCCGUGUAGGCACCAAUGGACACGUUUUCGAAUUUUGCUUCUUACGCGAUUGUCGACCAGUGCAAUGCCUACCGCGGUACCUGUUGCGAGAAUCUAAAACACGGCUCACGUGCGCGGUCCCGUACGCUGUCGGCAAGACGAUAACGCAGUCGGCGUUUUGAAAACGGGACAGCCGUCGUACGGAGUAGAAAAAAAACAAUACGAAAAACGCGUGACGCGCGCGUGUGUACACGGAGCCGUGUAGCGUGUGAUGAUUUUACCGCCGCGGCCGCUGACGGAACGCGCGGUUUACCGUUUUUCUCGUUGUUUUUGUUGUCCGCGCCGGCGGCGCGUGUCGGACAAAAACGGACGGGGACGGCCGCGCGUUCGCGGGACAACGACCGAUUUGAUCAUAACGCACGCGAAACGACGAUGUUUAUAACGGGCGCACGGUGCGCGUGGCGUUUCCCCGGGGAAAGCCGCGCGGUGACAACGCGCGCAAAGUCGCCGCGGACGGAAACCGGACUCGGUACGCUCGGCACCGCCACCGCGGGACGCCGCCGCGGCAGUUCGGUACGCGCGGGAAUAGCCGAGGCGAGAGCCGCGGUGGAGUUUGCGCGUGUAGCAAACGAAAAAAUUAUUCCGGGCGGCGUUCGCCGGCAGACCGGGCCGGAAAAAGAAUCGAAACUCAAACGCGAAUGAACGCCCGAGGAUGUGGAAAUUGCGAAAGUCCGGUGUCCAGAUGUUCGCCUACGCGUUCGAAAUUCCGAAUUCCGACGUCUGCACAUCUCGUCCUAAAUAACCGAGACCAUUCGAUCAUUUAUUUGGAUUCUACGCGAACACGGUGUUAUGCGAACCGACUAUCGACAAAUCAGCGUCUCGAAUCAGUGCCGUAGUUAAGAGGUGGGAGGAUAAAGGAGACCGCGUUCGUGUACCCACCUCGCCUUUUACGAUUCAGUGUUAACUACGUUUACAGUUAUCAACAUGUUUAUUUAAAUUAGCCGGAAAAUGUGUCACAGUAUGCAAUACCUAUUGGCUAAUAAUAAUAAUGAAUGAUUUCACCACCAAAACAGUUGCAAUAGAUCUAUAGGUAUUCGAUAUCGGUAAAAGCAAUGCAAUCUAAAUAUCCAAUACGAUUUUCGCUAAGAUUUCAAAAACAAACAAAAACGGACAUACUUCGCGCACGAUGGAUGGACCACUGUUGUAGGUGAGAAAAUGGGAAAGUAGGAUAUAGAGGGGAAUUUAACGCAUAUCUGUACGCAAUGAUUACUCACGGCUAACGAAAAACGAUUCUGAGCGGAGUUCGGUUAUACAUGUUUUAAAUGGCCGUCAUAUUUACGAUUUUCGUCAAAAUUUGAAAUUGAAAUUCUUAUAAAAAAAAUACUACAUUCAAAUUUUUCUUGUUGACCACUGACUAAAACUCAUAAUGAACCCCCUGUUAAAUUUUAUCCACUCGACCUACUGAAAAAAAAUUACGUAUAAAACUAAUAAUAUUAAAAUGUAUAAAAAUAGUUCAAAAAUGGCCAAAAUGUAAUGAACAUUUUACCACGUCUAGAACCAAGCAUUUUGUCCACAUGUUAAGUCUCUACGAUUAUUUUGCAAAAAAUCAAAACUGAAAAUAAUUAAAGCAUUAUUUCCGUGAAUUUGUCUUGUAUGUGUUUUUGCCGAUUAUUAUGAAAACCUCUGGGGAAUUCAAAAAAAAAAAAAUGACCUCCUUAAAGUACCAUCCAGAUGAAAUUUCUUUUCGGCAAAGGUGUUGCACACGGAAAUCGGAGCGAGAUUCUCGAUAGAAAAGCCGUUCACAGAAAAACAAAAAAAAAAACAAAACCGAACACCGUUGUAAAACCGCUCAGAAUCUCAAACGGACAAUAUUAGCGAUCGGGGGCAAUGUUAUCGGUACGUCGACGCGCGCACGCGUACGCGGCGUUUUACGGAUGGUUUUCGACCUUCGCGGAUAACGUCACAGACACGCCGGUCGGCAGAAAACCAAAACGAAUCCCGGGCGAAAUUACGGGUUUGCAUUGCCGGCACGCGCGCACGUUUUCCAUUUGGGACGGCCGCGCACGUGUUUCGACGGGUAAGAAGAUGGGAAAAAAAUAAAAAAAAAAACAACGCACGCGCGCAGACACGACGAGCGCGUAGCUAAUUUCGUGCGCCUCGCCUGUUCGGUACCGAUUGCGCUCUCCGCCGGGAUCGGUUAAAAGUCGUCUCGCCCGGGCCCGCGCGAAUCGGUACUGUAAUCUCGAUGCGAACCUGUUACGGCGCGUUUUACAACAUUUUUACAUCAUCGCCGGGCGCGUAAUCAUCGGACAUUACGAUAUUAUACUCGCGUCGUUAUUAUCGUAUCGUGCCGUAUCAUUAUUAUUACUAUGAUUAUUAUCAUAUAUUACCGAUGCACGUGCACAACUCGCGAUUGUUACGGCAUUAUCCGUUGUUAUUGUUGUUGUUGGUUUUUUUUUACGGCGAAUUCGAGUGGAAAAACGGUCGCGCGCGCAAGUGUACGCUGUAUAGCCGCGUAGAGAAAUAAAACGAAAAAAAAAAAAAGAAAAAAAAUCAUUAUUCUAAUGUCGGAAUACAAUUAUUAUUAGGUAUACCGGCUAACUCGCGUACCUCCACGAAUAACGACGACAACGUAUAAUUAUUGUUUUGGAUUAUUAUUGAAAUCGCCGCCGCCGCCACCACCGCCGUUUCCGGGGCCUGCAAACUACAAAAAAAAAAAAAAAAUGCAUUAUUAUUUCGCCUGGAGAAAACAUUACCAUAGUAAUGGAGGGGGGGGAAAUCGAUUUCGGGCCGAAAGAGACCGUAGGAAAAACGUUGCAAUACUACACCCGUAUCGCAACAUUACAAUAAUUCAGAUCCCGUGUCAAUAACACUCGACGCGAGAUCAUUUGUGAUUUUUACUGUAAUCUAAUAUUUACGAUAACGUGUUCCGCACGCAUAAUUCGAUUCGUUAAACGGUGAUUUACCGGUAUGUAACAAUAUCACAGUCGUAUAAUUUAAAAGCGAUGUCAAUCUAACCUGUAAUCGUUAUUUUUCCGUUUUUAGAGUAUUUCGGAACGUUUUUAUGGCUCGCGAGAUUUACAAUUUCAUGAAAAUUGUCUACAAAACCCGGAUCCCGAGGGGACCGAAGAAAGAAUGUCUAAAAAUUUUUCCGAGAACGUUUUACUAUUUAAACCCGGGUGUGAAAUUCAACUAGGAAACCAUUCAAAUUUCCCUUUUGGACCGCGAUACUUAUACAGCGUAUCCGCCAUGUUGAGACGGGUUUUAUAUCGUUUGAUCGUGACAAUAUUUUAGCGGUUUCGUUAAAAAUAUUAUGCGCGAAAAAAGAAAUCGUCGCGGAAGAAAAAAACGGCGCGUUUUCAAGUGUUUCGGACUGGUUUUUUAGCGUCAAAACUCGAGUAGUUGCUCCAUAAAUUAAAAUUGUCAACAAUUCGAAUGUUUUUAUAAAUUGUUUUUUCAAAAUAAAAACCAUUAACCCGCUUGCACGCGGAGUAUAUGCUGAUUGCAGGAAACCGACGAGAAAACGAGUUGCAUAUUUUUUUGUGUUUUAUGAUGAGUUCGCGAAAAAAAUAAAACGCGUUAUUACUUAUUAGUUACUCGGUACAUAUAAGAUAUUUUAACUGUCACGGAGAGAAAAUUUCCGAGUCGAAUCUUCACGGGCGUAUAUAAGAACGAUGAGACGCAAAGUUAUGAAAUCGAACAAAAGGAUCCGGAAAUUGUUCGGCAAACCAAAUCUAGCGGUACAGCUGAAUACAUUUCAACCCGACAAGACCAAAACGGAAAAGGAUUUUCAAGACGACUAUAUAAGAAUAUCGCAACGAUUCAGUGAAGUAGCUCGAGACAGAGGAAAUGGAAGGUUACUAUAAUUAGUUACGGGCACUUCUGAAUAGUUAUUAUACUAUCGAAUAGUUUUCGAUGGUUUAAACGAAUUCAUUUCAUUCGAAAUAACCGAAUAAAAACUAUUGGGGUAUUUUUUUCCAAAACCGAAUAGCGUUAAACUAUUCGAAAUUCGAAUAGUUCUCAGUCUAUCGAAAAGGUCGAACGCGAUCAACAAUAAUUCUCGAAGAGACCCGGUAAUAAAUGUUCGCGGUUGUGCCCAAUUAUUUAUUAUUUAAUAUUAAAUACUUUAUAAGUAUUUAUGUAUAGACGUAUACUGUACCUAUAGCUUAUAGGCGUUUAUUAGUUAAUAAAAUACAAAAUAUAAAAUAUGGAGUACCAAUGUAUCAUGUACCUUGUAUCAUUUCUACAUCCACAAUGUAUCUUGUAUCUUGUAUCUAGAUACACUUAAUGCACGUAUUAUGUAUCAUGAUACUUAUGUUUGAGUAUCUUGUCCAACCUUGGGUGUACCGCCCGUAAUAUACACAGACCAUUAUGUUUGAUAUGUUUGUUUUGGUUUUCAAAUUCUUCAUUUUUUUUUUCUUUUAUUAAAGGCGCAUUGUCUCGGCGUGUAGAUACGGUGAGGAUAGGUACUCGCCGCAAAAGACCGGAAUAUUUUAAUCGAUUUACAUACCAUUAUUAUUGGAUGUAUUAUUUCAUUGCCUACCGCAAUCGCAUAAAAUGCGGACUACGCGGUAUACGAGAAUAAUAAAAAUAUAGGAAAUUAUAAUAUAAUAAAGUUUGUGAGAGAAAUAGAGAGAGACAGAGAGACAGAGAGAGAUGGAGCCAGAUGAGAGUAGUAGCGAAAAUUCAACACGGCAUGUCGAAGGUACUCUGCAAAUCCACAAUAUCGUGUCCGCGGUUAAUAUACAAUAAUUCACAACCGUUUGCAGAUGUUAAUGUAUAAAACGACUAUAUACAAAUAUCCUGUUUAUUGAUAAUACCGAGCAAAUAUCUUCUUGCUGGUAAUGGGAUACUACACGACCACCGUAUCGGAAUACUCCAUACAGCAACCUUCCGAUUUUUCCAGUCAGCCGCUCCUAAUUGUGCAGAUAUCCGCCUGUAAAAAAUGAAAAAUUAAGUCGACACUGACGCUUAGAAAUUCUGAUAAUUUAGAAAUUCUAAAUAAUCGUUUCUAUUAUAGCGAGAAAAAAAAAUAAGCGGGCGAUUCUUAAUCAAAAUUUCCUAAUGAAGGUCAGCUGAAGAUUUUUUACUAAAUUUUAAUUGACAAGCAGUUUCAACUGUAUAGACACCUAAAAUAUCAAGUACAAUUCUCCGUGAUUUUGACUUCUGUAAUUUCUUCUUUACAAAUGUACUAGGGGUACUACACAUUUGCUAUGCAAAAAUCGGUUGUCGUAAUUGCUUAAACAAACAUAUUAGAUCCGUCCGAACUCACGUUGAAAAAAAAUAUAUACAUUAAAUUUGAUAGUCUUCUAAACACGAGAAACGUAAUAAUCGAUUAUAUUCUUCAAGCGUGCCGGUUAAAUUAACCAUGAUAUUUUAAAAAAAACCUGCAGUACAACCUUCGGGAUGUUAUACAAGGGACUUUAGUGGUGGUUAGAAAGACUUGUACCUAUAAGUGGAGGCGUAAAUAUUUUGAAAACUACAAGGGAGAGAGAUUAACAUACACGAGUUGACAAAUAAUAAUUUAUUUACACUAAUGGAAAUAGAAAACAAAGCUUAUUUUUAUCAUUCAAUUUGAUUAAUGUUAAACUUAUGAUUAAAGUCUAUUAUAAUUAUUUUGAAAAAAGAAAAACAUUUGGUAUACGUAAAUUUUUGAAACCGAUAAAUUUUGAACGAAAUUAAUUUUAAGAUUUUCAAAGAUGACAUAAAAGUAUAGUAAUUGUUAUUAAGUAUAUAUUUUAUUCUACAUAAUAAUAAAAUUGCAUACGAGACUAUGUCCCACUCGCCUCGUCUGGCGAGCCGCUACUGGGAGACUUCACUAUGAAUUAUAUUUAAGCGCGUAUUAUAUUUUGCACGUUUAUCGAUGCCGAUGGAGUAAAACUUGCAUUUGACGCGAAAACAAAUGAAAGGAUUAUAAUAAUAAUAAUAAUAAUUCGAGUAAAGAAAAACGCGUUUUUGAAUAAAGCUUUAAAUUCUAAUUCGAAAAAACGGAAUUAUCCGUUUCAAAACUUGGGGAUUUAACGGCCGUACCGCCGGCGCGGACCCGUCGGCUAUGUGCGCGCCAGAAUUUUUCGCACGCUCAAAAACGAAACGAAAGCCGCGUACUCGUACAAAUGAGUACCUACGUAUAUUAUGUUGUAAAGACCGGUAUAAAUGAAAAACAAAAAAAAAAAAAUACACAUUUAUGUAUACACCUAUUUAUAAUAUGAUAGUUAUACGCGAGUUGAUUGUGCGUCGUCGGUCGCGUUUCCGAAUGAGCGAAAAACGAAUCCGACCUUGCAAGGCCGCCGGGCCGGUGCACUCGUCUGACCCGGUGCGCCUGGCCGACGAGGCACGUCGCGUACGCUUACGGACACGCAAUCCGGUCCGAUGAACGACCAGACACGCGGCCGGCCUAACAAUCGCGACGUGUCCGCCCGACCGCCGGAUCGUAAUCACCGUAACACCGGGGGCCCCCGCAAAAACAUAAUGGCCGAAAGUUUCGACGAAGAGUCGAAUAUUUUAAAAACCGUUUGCAGCCGGUUCACCGCGGUUUUUCUGGGCGUAGCACUCGAACGGUGCGGGGGCCGUGAUCCCCUCGGGUAAUACCGAUCGAGAUUAAUUACCCGGGACAUUUUUGUCGAACUGUCCCGAAAACAGAAAACAUCGCACUGUAUUGUUACUGUUGCACAUACAUAUAUUUCCCAUUAAUUUUAGCGGCUUCAUUUUGACUAAAUGAGUCCAGGGAAUUCGAGAUCUCGGGAAUUUAAGUUGUUUCAGAUCGAAAUCACGCAAUUUUAGUUGAAUUUAAAUAUGAAUUUCAACCUUAUUGUUACGAGAUGGGGUAUUUUUUGAGUUUUAUAUGCCCCUACAGACUCUCCAAAUUAAGUCGGGGGGAUUAACUUUCGUGUAUUUACUGUGUAAGUAUCAAGGAUGUGCCUUUUGGGGGUUUCAACUUUCAAAACCCUCUCCGACCAUGUCUAUGCUCAAAUUUCACGUUCUCGCAGAAAAUAACGGGUUUUAAUUACCACUACUGUCUAAAAUGUAAUGAAACUCUGGCAACCAUAACUGUUUUAGAUCAAUAAAAAAAAAAAACAAAUGAAAUAUUGCAACGGCGAACAGUGUACGCCGACAUUUUUCACCCGGAAUAUCAAAUUACGCCACAACAGUCUCGAAAACUAUAACAUUGUCCGCAAAAUGAAAUAUACAAUAACAGACUUGUGAAUUUUUCAUAUCGCGUGCGUGCGCUGUUGGUUAAAUGCGGACCUACAGUGUAACCAUGACAAAAUAAAAUAUCCUCUCCUGUACCGUAAUUACUGAAAAUGUCAGAAAGUCGUAAAAAAUAAUGGUCCUUUUUCAAUUUGCAAUCGCCGCUGUCGAUCACACAGUUCACAAAUAUUACUGCAUCUCGAGUACAUUAUUAUUGUACUUUGUCGUAGUUUUUUAUAUUUAUUAUUCUUUUCUUUUUUUUUCGUAAAUCUGUAUACCUGCUUCUACUUUGUUUUUUUUUCCCGAUCACACUUACGAAUGACGAAUAUAACCGGCAGUCGAAUUUUCCCGAUACGACACGGACACUUAUCGCGACGAAGGUCGCGUUCGAGUCGUUCGCCGUCAGUUCGACGUCCGGAAUGAAAACCGAAAACAAAAAAAAAAAACAAAACCAAUCCUGCGAGUUAGCAGUGAUUUAAAUCGUUUUUCAAACGCUUUGAUUUCCAUCAAAACAUCCGUGUUCAGCGGGAAAUUUAACGAAAUACCAGUUUCGAGUUAUAAGUGUUGCGAUAGACUGCGUCGCCCGAUUAUAAUUUCUUUUCGUUUUCAACGUAUGUUAGACACGCGGAAACCCACCUGAGUAGACGAUACAAAUAUUUCGAGACGUGCAUUCCACAUCCUCGUAUAUUAUCUUUGCCGUCCGUGUACCGACCGGUUUCGACGGUCACGCCUCGGACACGACUAUGUGACACUCGUUAUGGAAUAUACGAGAUAAAAUUAUGUCCGGUUUCGUUUUUGAAAUACCGAUCACAGUGCAUGAGAAAUAAAUCCAAAAAAAAAAUAACUUUUCCCGAAGGAUUUGGCCAAUUUCUUCUUUCUGCUCUUCACGUUUUCCCCGAACAAGUCAGCCACUCCGAUACCCUCCGUGUCUUCUUGUAUGUACAUCCGUCACCAUAUUUUCUUCAUCUACUUCACGCAGGCUUCGUAUACAUUUUUCAUUUUAUCCUUAAUAAUCUUGACUAAAAACAUGCCACACUGAUAUGUGAAACGACAUAAAAAAAUUCUCGAACGGGGCAAAUUCCCUGCUUCCGUUGCUCUUCCUUGUCAUCAGAUCAUCAUAGCCGCUGCCGAGUACCGGUCAUCGUACUGAAAAUUUGACGGAACGAAAAGUGAAAAUAAUAAUAACAUCGACGUCCGUGUAUGUACCGAAAAUGUGUACGAAAUAAUAUUAUUAUGGCCGUAAUAGUACACGUGAGUACGGUUUAAGUGCAGAGCACGAGACGAGUGUGACGGUUAGUUAUUACUGGCGCCGCGUCAAUCGCGAAAUUUUCUUUUCACUUUUUUAACGAGAAAAUAAAUACGCGCGGCCUCGAGCGCCGUCCGACGAAUCGCAACAGACGACGACAAUAAUAAGAAAAUUAAUUCUAAUGCCGUUCUCGUAGAAAAAAUAUUAUUAUAUAUUAUAUAUUUUGGUGUGUUUUCUUUAACCGGGGAAAAUCGUCCUAUACAGUACAUUCGAAUUAUUAUAUGUUUAACGGUUCGACUGUAAACGAUAUGCCACAUUGUACCCGUAGGUCCGUCUCGAAUCUAUGAGUUGUACUGCGUAGUUUCGGUGUAACUCGAAUCGUGUACUCGGGUCUUACAGCGGAAAUCCCAUCGAUAAUCGGUUCCCUCGCCUCUGUUCCAUACCCUUUAAGUAUUCGUUUACCGCCCAAAACCCACCAAGCAACGUCGUUUAAAUCUGUUUUUCAUCAAUCCAAUUUACUGUUAGAUAUGUAGGUACACGUCGAUAUUCUAUAAACCAUUUUGGUUACGAUUUGUACGAUGAUUGCGAUUUAUAUAUUUAAUAAAAAUAUGAUGUUUAUUUUGUAAUACUGAUAAUGAAAAAAAAGUUAUGAUAUUAAAAUACGCCGGCUUCUACCUUUAUUAUUGGUCUCAAGUUUCGAUUCUCGAGUAAAAAUACGAUUGAGUCGAUACCCUUUUGAGACUUUUUUGACUAUAUUACGAUUAGAAAUAAUUAUUGUAAUUCAGUUGAAUAUAUUCUCAGUGACUUGAAAUUUGAGAUGUAUUAAAAUUCCCCUCUAUAUCCUAUACCUUCCCAAUUUCUCAUCUACAACAGUGACCUAUCCAUUGUGCGAAGUAUGUCCGUCUUUUUUUAUCGUUUCGUACACAUAUAAAUUAAAUUACCGCAUGUUAUGCUACCUUAUUUCCACUUUCCUUCGUGGCAAACUCAUCGGCAGUAUCGCAUUUUUUUUUAAUCAUAAUAUUCAAUUACUAAUCGUGCACAUUUCAAUGAGGUAUACGCACAAUAAACAAAUUAAUAUAUUUCGAGUGCGCAUAUUAUUAAUGAUCAUAUUCGAAAUUAUAUCUACCUACGCGAAAUAUCUCACCGAACUGUACUUUGUAAUAUUAAAAUUGUAAUUAAAUUAUAUAGCCGAUAACCCGAUAACGAAAAGCAAAAAAACUCACAAUAGGUAGAGUAAAAAAAAAAAAUACAAAACGAUACGCAAUAAUAACUAUAUAAAAAACGUUUGACUCGCUUUGAUAAAAAAAGAUGAUAACGGUUUUUUUUCAUAAUUAAACGCGUAAAAAUAAUUACCUAAUAAAACGCGGUUUAUAAUAUUAUUAUUAUUGUUAUAUUGCCCGUGACGUUUUAAACGUGCAAAAACGAAUAUAACGUUACAAUAUAUUUUACCAUUCUACAACGUCAAACACCAUGUAGGUGAAUGUAACGUUUUUUUUUUUUUAUACAUUCUUUAGUCAUCGAAAUUUUUUGCGUAUUUUAAAAAUUCGGAGCAUUUUUACUGGUGACACAAAUACGUCAGAGUUGUUUAUCACCCCCCCCCUCCCAAAAAAAAACUCAGCCAAUCCCCACCUCCCAAAUCAAGUCCUUAAGAAGUAAACACACAUAAUCAAGUAUACAUAAUCAAUGGGUGUUUAGCUUCACUCACUUAACGUUACUUAUCCAUUUUUACAAACUGAAAAAGUUAUUCGGAAAAUUACGAGGAAAAUUAAAAAUGUCCUCAUACACCAACAAGAUCCAAAAUCAGACGAAAAAUUCUGUACAAAAAAAAAAAUAACUAUAGUUAAACCCCGUGUCUCAUUGUGCCCUCCUCUUACAUUCCUCGCUGUGCUCAGAAACUAAAAAGAUCACGGGGACGAACUGUUGAUCAUUUUGAAAACGUUUCCAAAUUAACUGUCGCGAUGCCAAACAUUGACAUCUUUUUAAGUAUAUAUGAUAUGAAUGAACCCGAGCAUUUUCACUGGCCGAAAACGUGUUUUCCGAGAAAACUAAAACACACCUCAGUAAAAUUCGUACUUUCUUCGCUAUACUUAAAACGUUAAAAAUGGAAUUCCGCCAAAAAAAUAACCCGCGCGUCACAUCAGUAUUAAAGUACAGCAAUAAUUUUCGGAAAAAGAAUUAUUUAAAAAUCAAGAAUAUAAAGGUACAAGGCAUUACAAGGUUUUACUAUAUAGGUAUACGUAAAAGGACAGAGACGUGUAAAAAUGCGGAUCUUAACGAAUUUGUUUAAAUCCGCGAAAACGUUUUUUUUUUUUGUCUUACCACCGCGGCGUAUUAAAAGGACAAGAUCUGUUGUUGGAUGUGAUUUUUUUUUUCCCAAUAAAAAAACUCGUUCGCAAUAAAUCAAAUAGGUCCGUAAGCGGUGUAAAUGAAGAAAAAAACCAAACGAACAAGACGGAUAGAAUAUAUAAUUUUUUUUUUUUUAUCGAUUGUAUGAUAUUAGAAGAAAAAAAAACACGCUCGCAUUUACAAUACUUAUUGCGUUUAACAGUAAUCGCUAUUAUUAUAGCCGCGUAAGUAUAUUAUAUACAGGGUGACUUUUUUCAUCGCGAUCCAGCGAUCGCACAUACGUCCGAAGAUUUCGAGUGAAAUCGCGUGAUUGAUUUUGGGUUUUCUCCACGUAGUAACCACACAUUGACUUAGGACUUUAAGAGACAGAUAUAAUAAAAAAAAAAAACUAAAACAAAAUAAAACAAGAAGAUAUUAAUCUUAAAAAUAUACAAAAUUUACUACCCUCAUCCGCGGUCGUUAGCAUUUUCAACUGUUGUAAUUCGAUAAAUCAAAUAUUCUUUUUUUGAAACUGUAUUGAAAAUCAGGGAGUUACCGUUUGGAAAUCAAAAUGUAAAUCCUACUAAUUUAAGGUAAGUAUUAGGAGAAGGAGAACUAAAUAAAAUUUAAAUUAAUGAAAUUCUCCAAGAAUAUCAUUGGAUAAAACAAUCACCCUGUAUUACAACAAGUUUAUUAAUAUUAUGUUUUUUUUCGAUUUAUGAGUAUAGAAGUAUAAGUAUUAUAAUAAUAAUAGAACGAUAAGAUUGCGUUGUAAUAACAAAUAUUGCAAUUGUUUAUUUUUACACGUUAUACGAUUUGCAAAACUAAGUAAUUAUUAAUUUUCUUUUUUUCUUUUACGGCUUUCUACUGGUUCGUGGCGUUAAGUAUAGAGUGUCGAAUACGUCUCGGAUAUAAAAAAUUAAAAUAACAGCGCCCCGAGAAUCUCAACGAGAAAAAUAAAAAAAAAAAAUUACGAGUCUCCCGGUAGCGUAUUUACAAACUCUAUUCCCAAGUUGGACCCGAACCGAAACGUAAUCCAGUUGGUUUUGCAGAAGUCGUAAGAGAUGUUAAGACUUCUAUAAGACUCGACCUAUACCUAAUAGGUCCGAAUCCGAGACGAUGCCUCGAGGAAGUGUCCCGAGUGUAUACCUAAAACUCGGUCGAUGAAAAACCGAGACGUGUUCGAGUAUUAUUUACAUAAUGUACCGCUCGGGGUACCGAACUCGGAAACGGUCUGUAAAUACACGCGUGCUGCCGGUAAUAAUCCGAUUGUGUAUAACGUACUCCGCGGUCGCGGGCGAUAAAACUGACCUAUACUAUGCAAUAAAAAAUAAUAUAAAAAAAAAAAAAAAAAAAAAAAAAAAAAAAUGUUUAAUAACAUAAAAUUAACGGACCGCUGUCCGAUGACCGUUUCGGAUUCAGCUGACGGCACGCGGUCCGGUUAUAAUAUUAUGUGCGGCGUAAGUGUACACAUAGUGCGUAAUAAUAUUAUAUUAUAUAUUACCUAUGAUGUGCCUAUACGAUGUUUUUCAAACGGAUUCGCCGAGAAAUCCGUUUUCGUUCUUCCGCGCGCGCGGUAUACCAGAGAUGCCUAUACAUAAUUUACCGUACGGUACGAGCGAUGACCAAACCGAGAAAUAAAACGCGUCGUCCGACACCUCGUAUGCCUAUUAACGUCAAAUCGACCGGUCGAUAAGAAGCGAUCCGUCGCUGAAUAAUAACAAUAAUAAUAAUAAUGAUGAUAGUAAUUCCGGUUGCAGCCGCCGCACGCAGCGCAGCGCUUUUUAUACCGUACCCGGUUUUAGUCCGCGGGGGUCGUUCGCAGCACGGGCGAGGCGGAAAACGACUGCCGUGACAUGCGGCUGAAGUGUCGGCAUUUUUGAUUUUUAAGCCGUCCGUUAACUCCGAGAAUUUGUUAGCACACAAAAAAAAAAACCAUGAACAAUCAGUAAACGAAGAUUAUUAUAAUAGUUUUAAAUUAUGAUAAUAUGUUACGAGUUCAUCGGUAUGCGUAUAAUUCGGUCUGUAUCGUAUGAAACAAAUUUAAACAAACGACAUUAGACACUUGUUAUCAGUCACGAACCGCGGAAAUGUAGUGACCCCACUCGGUGACGUCCCGUCCGGGUGUUUAUUAUCUAUACGGGCCAACUAUAUUUGGCUACUAUACCCAUUCGUUACGUGCACCCAUCUGUGUUAUUAUUGUAUCCACUCUUGGCGUCCGGGAAAAAUGUUUAAACAGAGGUCUGGUCUGGUCUGGUCUGGUCGAAACCCAGAAUACUUGAAAAUCGUUCGAUUUAAAAAUCCGAAAUCCGGAUUUUGAUUACGCUGUAGUAGUUGGGAUAGUUAGUGAUGAUUUUUACCAAAUUAGUAACGACGUCCAUGAUUUUAAUUUAUAAAAUAUUUCUUAUUUGUAACAUAAAUUCUCGACUAUUUCAUUAUGAAUUGUAAUGCGAUAAUAAAGUUUAUAAAAUAUUGUUCAUAGUUUAUUAUUUUAUUACCGAUCAUAACAGUGUGUUAUUCGAUUAUUCUUUUCUUGACUAUACGAUACUAAUAAAUUAUUAUAACUGCAAACAAUUUUUUCGAACGCUACACUUCGUGCCGUAUCGCCCAAUUCGCUAACUAUCCACACACUCCGGAGAUCGGAUUUCGGAUUUGGGUGUUUACGAGAAUUCGGUUUCAGUGUUCUCGAUACCCGUCGUAAGUGAAUCUGGAAUUCUGAUUUUCGAAAUGUGUUUUCAAUGGUUUUCGCCCGUAUCCGCGUCUCGGGCCAUACUAGCGAAAUAAGUACCCGCGCAGAGCAUUAUCGAAAUAUCUAUCGUUUAUUUUAUAUACACGGCCGCGAGUAUAAUGAGUAUUGUACGUAUAACCUAACCUAACUGUUGUUAUACGAUAGCGCUUACGUACCUGCGCGCGGCAUACACUUACGAUAAUCAUAUACGUGUUUCGUAAUAUGUUCGCUGUAUCCGAUUUACUAAAACCGAGCGCAUUUUUUGUACACAGGUCGCCGCAGUUAUUAUGGAUCUCACAUACUUGGUCUUUGCCGUAUUGGGAAUGUUCGCCGUCGUACGGCCGUGCCGUCCGCUGCCUACCGUCACCGCUGCCGCCGCCGCCGCCGCCGCCUUUCCUACGCCUACCCCGUCGCGGGUCGCUGCUGCCGCGGAACCACCUGCCAACAACAACAACAAAAGGUCCAGGUCGCUGCAGUUCCAGCAGCCGCAGUCCCCGUACCAUCAUCUCCACGGCGGCGGCAUCGAUCUGCAGCAGUACAACGACGUGAUAGACGACUUGCCGUCGAUGUACCUGCACCACCAACAGCAACAGCAACUGUUGCGACAGCAGAACCGGGACGACGACGACGACGGCGACGGCGGCCGGGAAGACAACGACCUUUUGCGGCUGUCCGGUCGCGCGCGACCGGCUAAGCCCGACUCGCCCAUGUACUUUAUCCGUUUGCCGCCGCAGCCGUACAUGUACGUGCCCGGUUACGGUUACGUCAGUCAACCGACCCGGUUGGAACCACCGCCAUUUACGCAAAGGCCGCACUCGCCGUUCCUCGACCUGCCCCUGAGUUUCGUGGCCAACGGCAAGCCCGUGGGCGUCUACACCCUGCCGCAACAGAGCCCACAACAGUAUUACCAGCAGCAGCAGCAACAACAACAGCAGCAGCAGGAGCAACAACAGCAGCAGCAACACCAUCAAUCGUCGACUAGGCCGAAGCCGCAAAGGCGUCCGCAACCGCAACCGACACAGCCGCAACAGCAAUUGCAAAUACAGCAACCGGACUCGCCCGUGUACAAUCUGAACAAAGGCCCGUACGUUUUCAACGGCCGGCCGGCCGCCGAAGUGUUCCUGUUGCAGAACGCCUACGACAACUUGUACUCCGAAGUGUUGCAAAACAUUUACCCGUAG